AUGUUUACUACAAUUUUAACGCUUAAAAGUUUUGGUGUUUCCCUUUUCAGCAAUCAGCCUCUCACACUUCAGAACUGCAGGAUUUGGUACCUUGCAAAUUUCUCCAAAAACAAUGUCACUCGUCAGAGGAGCGGAUCUGCACCCCCAAAUUACCGGAACCACGACUUUUUCGGCGAGGACAACGGCCCUGAAUAUGACUUAGCUGCGUCUGAGAGACGACAACAACAGGGCUCCCCUCCCCACACGUUCGAUGAAGCGGGAAGCCCCAGAAGCUCAACCUGCUGUAUGUCCUUCCCAAUGAGUUCCAAAAGGGUCGGUAGAAGUAUCCAACACCCGCUAUCUGAAUCAGCGAGUCAACUGUUGGAAAUAGCCGCAUCACUGGUCACAACAAUACCAAAUCGCGAAACUGUUUCCACUGUAAGCGAUUCGGCCGUCUUCACUGACACCGACUCUACUUUGGCCAAUGUUCCUAGUCCGGAUUUUAUAGUUCGGAGACUAUCAUACCCGAAAACAGAGGGACCUUUGGCCCAGCAAGCUCUCUGUGAUUCAGCUGGCAGGACCAACCGCAAUUUAGUUCAGUCCCACCGGAAAGUCUGUGGGUCUCAAGAAAACAGCCCACAGAAAAGGGUAAGCUUGGAAUUAACUAAAGUGCAACAGGGUAAUCUGCCAACUGUAGCAUCAACAGCUGUAGAAGGUGAUUCCAUUGGCCGGGGUACUGAUGAACAGCCCAUAGAUGAUACCCACGGCAAUGAGAAGAACUCCAGUGAGCUGCCCCUAUCAACAUACACCAGUACAGCAGUAAAUGUCUAUUCCAAAGAAAACACCAGCGCAAUUCGACCUCUCUCCGCUUCGAAGGCAGGAAGUGACGAAAGCUGCGCUCCAGUCCAUCUCAGUGCUGGACUGCCAUGUCACGGUUUUGAGUUUUCCUCAUGCGAAACCGUAUCCGAGAGCCUCUCCGAAGGCACCACACAAAUCUCCAAUCCUUAUUUCACGGGGUCGCGGGUUGGCGCCAGCCAGCACACUUCUGAGCGCAGCUCAAUUUCUGUCUCAACAGAACCACCGCGCUCUCCUAAAUGCUCCUCCGCAUGCGAUCUUCGAAUCGAUGGGGACCGGCCUUCGAGUAAUCAGAAUUUAACCGUGGUCACCCAGUCAUUCAAACUCGAGGAAGGACCGACGCUCAGGCUAUUCACCUCAGUGGUCCUUGAAGACAACUCAUGUUCUUGCGAGGAAGUUACGGCUACUGCUGCCUCUGAAGUUUCUUUAAGCGGAAAAGCUGGAAGUUUAGUCAGUACUGAGAGUCCGUCUGUCCUUCCAUCAGGGUUUAACGCUGUACAGAGGCAGACGCUCACUGGAGCUUUAUCAAGUGCAACUUCGAUAGUCGCGACUAACGAGGACGAAAUGGAAUCUAAACAGGGUAAUAUUCAGACAACUGGUCUACACUCAAAAGCCUCCAAUACGAAAUUCUCUGGGGACGAGAAUGGAAUGUCCAAUAGUUACGAAAGUACAAAUAAGCCUCACUUAGUUAUGAAGCCCAAUUUAGAUACAGUAUGUGACAAAACUUGCGCUGAGUUGAAUGCUGACACCGGAACUCUGACACACGAUGAUGAGCAAUAUGAAGCCUCCAAUGGUAACAGGAUCCGAGAGCAGCCUGAUUUAGAGCAUUCGCCAGUCGUCCAGCUAGGAAGGCCGUUCAUCGCAGAAGACGCGCAAUCGAAUUACGACAAACGCGGCACUGAUAAGCAUGCAAUGAAGUUCCCGGACUUGGCCGUGAGUGAGUCAAGUGAACAAAGUGCCCAGGUUCCAAGUAGUAACCAUAUGAAGGACAGCUUGCGACGAAAAGAAGAAAAUGUAUCCAGGUAUUCAGGGAACCUUUUAGGAACAACCAGUUAUGGCAUCGAUAGUAUAGGCACCGAGCCUCGCAAACUGGCACCUGUUUACCAACUAAAGCCGCAAUACGCUGAAACCCAUUCCUACAGAUCCCUAAAACUAGAUGGUAGGACAAAUGAAUUAGGACAGAUGCCUAUUUUGAUGGAAAGCCAGGAAGUUGGAGGGCCUCAAAAUUUGGACCAGAUAUUCGAAAAAUGGCCGGCAGUCAGUGCAGACACAUUGACGGUAUCCACUCACAGUGCAGCACCCCAAGAACAAGAAGAAUCAUACAGAAACGAGAAAGAAACGGUCGGGCUUGUGAGCUCUACGCAGUUCCCCAGCCAAAAACCGGAUCGAAUUCAAGACGGAAGCCAUAAAUAUGGGCAGCAAAUAAAUGUCGUCGGCUCUUUGAACGUCAGAAGUAAAGGUUGUGGCGCAGUUGACAGUUCUUCUUCUGGGGGUUACUUUCCUUCCAUCGAGCCGAAUAAGUCGUCCGACUACGUAUGUACCAAAAACUGUACUGGCGGUUCUGUGAAGACAACUGUAUCUGAUUCAUUCCCGGCUGGAAUGCCUCAGGAAAUUAAAGCUUCGAAGUUACCGAGUCAGACCAGCCAAGAGCUGAUAAUUUCACACAGCCCAGGAGGCCUUGAGUCGGUUUUUCAGGAUGAACGAGCCAAAUUAUUUCGGAAGUUUCAAAGUACCGAUGCAGACAUGCUAGUUCAGACGGAAGAGCAGAUGGUAGACGCAGUGGAUCAGUCGAGUUCCGACGCAGUCGAAAGGGCUUUGAACGUAGUUGAAAGGGAUGAACUUCCGAUUAUAACUGACUAUCCGGCCGGCCACAAGUGUGAUGUCCUCGAAAACUGGUCAAAACGGGUCUCCAUUAGUUGCUCUAGUCGCCCUCCUCCCAAUACCCAUUAUGUCAGUCGUGACGAGAGCGUAAAACCACCGGAGAGUUCGUUGAAAAUGUCCAACAUUCAACAAGCUGAUAAUGAGCGCAAGGAGAUUCAACGAAACGUACUUGGGUUCAAAUCUACGAUUGCGUCUUCAUUUACCGUUCACAGCGAAACUCCUCUCGAAUGUAUGCAGUUAGUGGCUGAGUCAAAGUGUACCUCAGAGUCCUUAAAAGACAAGUCGAGCGAGUACGUUGGAAUCGAUGACCACGGAAUUUCGAAGCAAGAACAGUUGAAUGUUGAUCCCAUCGCUGAAACCAACAAAUGUCCACAUGACGAAGCCAUGAAUAGAUCUUCAGAAUUCAGUGAGGAACACAACUCUUCCGUUGAUGCGCAGAAAACGAACGUUAUGCCCAAAGCUUCCGUAAUCAACACACGUGAGCCGAGUCCUACCCUUUUACUCAGACAAGAUAGGCCAAUAUUCCUGUCACCGCGUUCCCAGCUCGACGGCAAAAGCUCUUCAAAAACAGACUUGAAAAUGCCGAACGAGUUACGGAAAACAACCCAUUCAACCGGAUCUGCACAGGACAAUCUGAGUGUGAAUACUCCUUCUUGUACACCAAAAGAAAGACCAAGUCGUCCCUCUGUUAGUUCGACGAGCAGAGUCUUCAAACUCCGAUCAGAACCCAGGAGUCAAUGUGUCCAUCAGCGUCAUGUUGAAAUGCUGCAAUCCAGAACUUCAUCCAGCGGGUUACGCGAGGCCAAACUGGACAAUAAAACUACUACCAGGACUGCUGUCAGCAGAAAAGAAUCUGCACCGAAAAAACUGGGGAACCUGUCUGUUGCGAGUCCGUGUGUUACUGACAGAGCGCAGACGAAAAGCCGAAAGGCGUCACUACAAUCGUCGGAAAAGCCUUCAAAAACAGAGGCUGCAGUGACUGAAAUUAAGAGUUCUUUCCCCGAUGUGCCGUCUUUUCCUGAUACUUCGUCAGUACUCCCGGCUUCAACUAGCAAGACCCUCAGAACAGAAAUAGGGCAGUCUAAUGAAGCUCCACCAGCUGCGACCUUCGACGAUGGUGAAGUGCUAAGCCCGAUUUCGGACACUGUUGAAAGCUAUGUCGUUCAGAAUACUGAAAGUGCAGUAUCUGGCACAAUUGUUGGAAUUGAUAAGGGUGAAGUACAGUUAGAUGUCACUGAAAGAUCUGAGCCCAGACCAAUAAAACCCUUAAUCCGUGACGUCACACAAGAAGAAAGUACAGAAGCUAAACCACUGAGGGAGAUAUCGGGUACAGCAAGUGAUGCCUCUACCAAUGAUCCCUCUGCCAGCAAAAUCAAUUCACCAGACCCCAGUCGACGCCCAAAAACAGGAGCAGAUACACAAAGUCCUGACGGUUUGCUGAAAUCCCCCCAACAGGUUACUGAACAGAUGUUGUGUCAACUCGACUCCUCGAACUUUAAUGAUGGAGACAUGCCAAAUCGCGAUCGGGAAGGAAGACGUAGCAUUCCAGCGAUACUGGAGGAUAACGUUCACCCUUCCCCCCUAUCUCUACGCUCAUUGGGCGAUGAGGAGGUCGUCGUGAGUAAGAGCGACAAAUUUUGUUCAAAUGCCACUUCAAGCGGACCGGGUGUUUUCUUUGAGCCUUCAGAAGCUGCAUACUGUCGUACCGUCUCCUCGCAAUCUUUUGAGAAAAGUGUAAGCAAAGUCGCCUCUCGUGAGGAUUACGCCACUGUCAGUGUUUUGCCUGUUAGCCAGUCUCCGCGAGGAAAGCACUCUUUUCCACACCAAAGAUUGGUCUUGGACAAAAGUCUUAGUAACAGUGAACGGCAACCCAGCCCUUCACCUACAUGCGACUGGCCCAAUAUUGACGACCGAGAAGCGGGCAUCCCCUCUGAUAACGAAAGCAAAGGGAGGGCGUGUGAUUUAGACCAAGAAACUUCCCUAUCAACAACCUCCGGUCGGCAAGAAGGUUUUUUGAACUCAGGAGUGGUUGUAAUAUCAAAGAAUGCUUCCUCCUUCCUCCCCUCCCCUUCAGAUUCACCAGGCGCCAAUACCAUUGAGCUAAAAUCAGGAGAAAUAAACCCAUGCGGACCAGACGUUACUUCAGGAGCACGGGAAGAGGCCUCAAAGCGAAUAGGACAAUCUAGAGCCUGGGUUACCUUAACGUCUCCAAUGCCAGUUGAGUUUGGCAAAACGCCAGAAACUACUCCAUAUUUUCCAGUUGACCAGCCUGGCUCGGUAUGUACCACAAGUUCCUACUCGACGAGUUACGUGAACGACGAACAAAGAGGCAAAGAAUCAAACGAUGGAUCCACGUUGGCAGAAACAAUAAAGACACUUAACUCUGCUCACCUAGUGAACAUCGAGACCUCCACGUGGGGAAAGGAGACCGCGAGUCAGAUAUGCGGGUUAACCAGCAACUCAAGCCCGGCAUCCAUAUUCUCUUUUGCUACGAAGUCUCGUAAUGAAGAAGCUACGAGUGAAGCGUCGUUUGGUCCAAGUACUAAGUCGGUUAUCCUAGAUACAGACCCGCAUCCGCAAGCUUCAAAGUCCAUUUACGACCUGGCCAAGGGUAAAUCUAUUUCAAACCCGACGCAGACUUCCGAGAACACUCCUUUAGUAGUAUCGACUACACAAGAGACCGGAAAGUUGUCGCAGAGUAUCCCCCGGUCAUCAGGACUAAAAGUGAAUGAAGACAUUACGGCCACGCAUGCACUCUCAAAGAGCGAAAAAAAUGAAGUUCCAGCAAUGUCUCCGAGGAAGGCCGGAGAGGACCCUAUCUACGAGAGCGUAUGUCCGUCAGAAAAGGUAGUGCAAAGGUCAGAUUGUCAGACAAAAGAGGAACCUCUUAAAGACUCUUCUCAGACCGCUGACAGAAAUACUUCUGCCCUCACGCAAACGCCCAGCAAUAAAAGUCCUCCUGCUGCGAUCAUUGGGAAGUCAAACAAUACUGAAUGGUAUGAUUCCGAUCAAGUUCUUCCGGCUGCACAAACUGCCACCGAAAACGGGGAAGUUUAUAUUUCCAAAAGUGCAUAUCUCUCAGACCGUGUUCCUAAAGCAGGCCAUAACUUAUUUGGCGACUUGAAUACGGUGCAGGAUGAUAACAUCAGAAAAACUCUUAAUCUAAGACAGACAAGCUCAUCGGUUGCUCAUUCGGAUUCGGAAUUCCAAACAUCUGAAAAAGGGGACCAUUCGCCUACACCUACUGAAAUUAGGCCCCAGGAUGUGUCCAAUAUUCCUGGUAGUGAAGGAGAAUGUAUAAGUUGUUCAGAAGAAGGUCGAGCGACAGCAAAGAAUCCCACUCUUUCUAUCGCAGGCUCCCUUCAGAGUUCAGACAGCUUUCCCUUUGAGGAGCAGCACGAGUCUUCUGAUGGGGUGAAGUUCGCACAAGAAGAAAACAGUGAGAAUCCGAGCACAGGGGGUUUAUUUAAUGCUGCUACGCUAGUUUUAUCCGAAAAAGAACAAUAUGACCAAAUACACCUCUGUGACGAAAUCGGUGCUUCAAGGCUUACCCAACAAAUCGUGAUUGAAAAGUCGAAUAUGAAAGCCGUAGGGUCUCAAGUUAAUUGUUCAGCAGAAUUGUUAGAACGUCCUACUUAUGUCAUUCAAGACCUUAUUGGUAGCUCAGAUAGAAUAGCCAAUUUUACACAUAUUUCCGAUAGUCCUGGAAACCGUCCGGGAUAUGAGAAACCAGUUCGAUCAACAAGUGGGACCUGUCCCUCCAAAGCAAACUCUAUGGAGCAUUCUGGAUCUAACCAAACAAGUGAGGUCAACGGGCUACAUGCGGACCUCUCGCUCAUAAAUGAAAAUUCUCAAAUGGAUACUCCAGGGGAGGCUAGAAAUGCAACUACUGAAAUGGUCGAAGUAGAAACUGGAACAUUGCAACCGUUAGACAUCGCGGUCACCAACCCCUCCACAACAUGCCAUUCGUUUCCAAAAUGCCUCCUUGAAGAUCAAGAUGAGGUCAAAUGGCAGAAAAAUCCGCAAGACCUACACCGUUCAACAGACGAUUCUGUCAAGCUGUACGACUCGUUGGAUGACGCUUCAGAGUUACUACGUCAAGCGCAUAAUGACGAAAUUGGGGACCGGCACACUAGCCCUGUUCACGAAACUCCCUCGAGGCAAGACGGAGAAAUAAAAUUGUCCUCAGCCGGAGUUCUCACAGAAGCCAGACUAACAGACUCGAGCACCACUCCUCUUUGUUUGACUGUAGAUUGUAGGUCAGAGUAUCCAUUCAAAAAAGAUCAGUCUGUUGUCAGCCAAACUGGUCGUUCUAGCGUUGUAGAAACAGACAACAUAAAACCAAGAGAUCCGUUGAUAUGGUCGCAUUCAAUAUCUACCAGUUUGCAGAAUACUGGUAUUCCUCUUGAGCUGCAACUCACUUCCUCAACCACUUCCCACCUGUGCGAGAGUUUUACAACUAGCUGUUUAGAAUGCCCACAACCUAGCAGAAAAUCACCAGAAACAGGCAAGCAAUCAUUACGGAUUCGCAAUAAGGGACGAAGGGGGUGUGAUGCUUCUGAUGUCCAAUACCACCCCAAAUGUCUUGUCUCCGGAGAUCAGAUAUCUGGACGCGUUUUUGACUUAGCAGCCGAACAACACCUUCGUUCCAAAUGUAAAGUCAGUGCCGGUGAGUCUGCUCAGGGAAAUUCGUCUGCAAAACACGAUGACACCCUGACAAGAGUAGAUUCUAGGGAGGUUCUGCCUCAAACCUUUGAAAGAAUUGAUCCGGGAAUUGUCGACACAAGAUUCUAUGAGAUGGAAGGUCUCUCCGAACCCGUUCCUAGCAAAACGCACUCCAUUUAUCAGAUAUUGAUGAAGAGGAAGCCUGAAGACCCCUCCUCUCCCCUUGUGGAUGAGGCCGGCAAAGUACCUUUUAAGUCGGGACAAUCAUCAGCACCAUCUCCCUCCUCACUUUUUAGCACUGAACCGUCAACAAAGAGUUCUGCACGACUUAAGAGCGAAAUUAACACAGGUUCCUCCCCGAUUGACGCUGAAGGCGACGACUCUCUUUUGGUUAGUAACAGUGGCAUACAAAGCCCCUCCUCACCUUGCUCGGUGCCCAUCCAAGUACCGGAUACCUCCGUAAUGCCUGAGACUACUAAGGAUAGAUGCAAAUCGCCGAAAAAGCUCAAAGAUUAUUUCCUCCCUCCUUUCGUAUCCACAGCAAAAAAUAAUGUAGAAAACAAGACAAAUACUGCCGAUGAACAUGGUAGGGGAGCCACUCAAAGGAUGAAGUUAAGUCUUUCCUCAGCGAAGCCUCUUGCCUUCGCUGGGACUAAGUCAGAGGGGUUAUCCGGGGUAUUAUCCAGCCAACCCCCUUCAUCGUUUGUCAAGUUCACAACAGAAAAGCAAUCACAAGGACCGCUCUCGAAAGUCACCUCCGCUGAGAUGAGAAAGUCAGGAUCUAAGGCAAACGACGCAGGGUUCAUAGUAAGGGUUUCUGAACCGGAUCCUGGCAGUAAUACAAACCCACUAGAUAUGUGUGCCAGCGCGGUACGUGACGGUGUCGGAUCGCAAAAAAACCUCAAAGAAAUCGUACAAAUACCAUCUUCAGACACUUCUUCUUCAUCAUCAUCUUCAGUCACUCUCAGGCCCAAAACACCUACCGAAGGGCGAGGCUUCAAAAAUGCUUUGGUUGCACUCGGUUUGACUGUCAGUUGUCUUCCCUGUGAAGGCGAUGAAGGAUCAGCCAACAAAAAGUUUACCAGUCUUUUUGGUACUGAUGAAAACUCAAAGGAGUCGGUGUGCGCUAUGGACGCUGACGUUCGGAGUUCAGAACCCGUAGGCAUUACAGCAGAUAGACUCCGUCUAAGCAGCGAUACCAAGUUGUUUCCCAAAGAAAAUCGUGGUCAUAUCGAUAAUUGGUCCGAGUCUGUAACACAACACUUUGCGACCGACCGAGUUCCUUCCCAGGAAAAUACGGUUUCUGAAAGAAUACUUAACCUGUCUCAUCCGACAUUGGACAUAUGUUUCUGCCAGGGAACACAACAGAAUACCUGCCUGAACGAAGCCAGCCUUAUGAGCAGCAGUGUCGCGUAUGAAACCGAAUUGUGUGCCAUUGAAAACUACUCCGGGAGUGGGUCAGCAUCCUUUAAGGACGACUUGCAGCGUGGCCUUCCAUCUACCUGUGAACCCAAAACAAAAGUCCAUAUUCUGGAGAAAAUUUCAAAACCGGAGUCUGGCGUUGCCUCGGUCGGUCACACGAUCCCACUUUGCGGUCAUGUCGUUCAACAGGAUUCGAAAAUUUUGAAGGAAUCAGAGGCAGGUCUAUAUGCCAGUUCCGAUCGUCAGAGCUGUAUUCCUGCUGCUCCAACGAACCAACACAAAUUUACUGUAACACAAGCUUCUGAACUUGAAAAUGCAUCGACCGCGAUGACAGAACAGCCAGAGUUAGGUUAUGCAGAUGAAAAAGUGGGAGAGAGGCAUGAGCGGGAAAAUCGCGGAGUCACAAGUCCUGCUGGAGCUGUGUUGCCUUCGCCUUUCUGGAACGGACUAAAAGAUCGGCAUUCUAGAUUCAGAAGUCAAUGCUCUAGUCCAUGCGUCCGUUCGCUUCCUGGAAACGACUUCUCUUUUGUGGAAAACAAUGAAGUCCUAACUAAUGUUAGCUCAAUCUCGUCUUCAUCCUCGUCUUCCUCUCACCUGGAAUUUUCUAUCCCCUCCUCCAACGACUGCUUGCGGAAGCUUUCUAGGGGCCUACUACGUCCCCAAGGCAAUGGAUCUUCGCCCAAACUGAGGAUACUAAUCCCACCGGUUCCCUCUGCUCCAUCCGAAGAGAGUCACAUGGCGCAUUCGACUUCAGCAGCGGCGACAGCAGACACACCUAGAUGCCUUCCGCGCCUUCAGUUUUUCACUUCUACUUCCACUUCCGCCACCUCGCUCUGCAGCCCGGUCUACGGAGAAUCAAGUUCUGUGGGCAUAGAGGAACUGCUUGCAGAUCACGCGCCCUCUAUGGACUCCCUUCUCUCUCUUCCUAGGCCACAUCCGGUCUUGCUGGACAUCAGAAGCGGUCGAGGACAGAAAAUUGCGUUUGAAGACCUUGUCAGUCAAUCCGACGACUGGUCCGGUGGGACCGAGGAGGACCGAAAACACUGUGAAGGCAAGGUUACUCACUGGAAAAGCUUUCCGAAUAUUUGCUAUGGGAUGAACCAGGGCACUGAUGACGCUUAUCACUAUGAUUUACGUGAGCAAUUGGCAGGCCGACGAAGUAUGAACCGAGGGACUGAUGUUUCCACAGAUUUUGAAAGGUUAGUGUUUUACUCAUGGCUUUCACUUUACUGUGCAUUCCUUUUCCUCCAAAAAGAAAGAGAGAAAAACCAUCUAUUAAUUUACUUUUGUCCCAGAAAGGCUCUGAGUAUUGUCUACAGGGUAAAACACCCAUUUUUGGUCCCACUUGCAGUUUACAAAAAAUUUCCGAACUAGUUCAAAUAGUUCGAAAUAGAGGAAUUCUCGAAGAUAUUUUUCUCUAACUUUCAUUACUAGCCAUGUGCUCAGUGUUUAUGAAAGUGUCUCCUGUGAGAAGAGGUGGGGUUAGUGCAAAAGGAUGACAACUAAUUUUAGUCCGGAUGACCUCGGCCUUAAUUGUAGACUCACGUAAUCCCGUUAAAAUUCCUUGCCAGAAAACGUCCGAUGUAAGAUCGCGUAUCUACUAGCCACGCAGGCUGUACUGCAAUUCUGUCUCCCACUACGUGCGGUUGGAGCCGAGUGUGGCGCCAGGCCAGCCGUCGCUCUUAUUGCUGUUGGGUAAAAUUCUGUCCAAGUGCUUCUUAUGGACCAGGGGAUGUGGUGGUACGUCUAAGUACGGGUGCAGCCGCGCCAGCCACCCGCGCCCUCCUGUCUCUGGUCUUCUCGACUAUGUCUUGACACCAGGCCCAGGUGAGGGAGGAGAGGGUGCGGUAGAUGCUGCGCAAGCCCACUAUCACUACACAAAACUCACACACAGGUCACCGUGUCUGCUCCCACCCUGCUGUAGAACAGACGGUGGACAUCGUCAGUCACGACGGUCAAAUUGUCACUGUACUUUUAUACCCUAUGUUCUGCAUGCCCUUAGUUUUUAUCCAAAGAAGUGAAUAAGGUAGAAAAGUCAUUUUCCGGAUUUUUACACGGACAGUGAUUGUCACGCAAAAGGACAAAAGAACACGGAAGGACCAUUUUCGGAUUAUUUCCCCUCAUCGAUUAGCCGUGUCCUAACUUCGGGUUCCGGGUGACCCAAGACGUAAGUCGGGGUCGCUGGGCCAUCGAAAAGUGUUCCGUUUACUGUUUUACCAGUUAAGCUACCGGUCCAUGCCCCUUGAUUUGCCGCCGCGAGUCACGUUCACUUUAAGUCUAUAGGCAAAAAUAGGGACAAUGCCUGACAAUUUCUUAUACUGAUGCUUACACACUGGCUGGGUACCAGCAGAUUUUACACUUUGCUGCGAUAAGUGAAAUCAACAGCCUCAGCAAACCUGAAAUAUGCACGUUUUUGUCUCUGCUACCAAUCUGAACCAUUUUACUCCACAAAACUGCGGUUUUAAUUUUCCUCUCAUUUUGAAGGACAAUUGGAAUUCGUAGUUUCUUCAAUAUAAACAUAUCUAUUUUGCCACUUAUUCGUGUUUUAAUAGGGUUACCAGUGAACCUAAACAAGGGCAGCAGAAUAGAACGCCCUGUUUCUAACCAUUUAAUUCCGCUAGGGGAUAAAACGAACUGACAUAGAAGUUACCGAAUGACUUACGUGGUCAAGAGUCAUUCGUGGUUAGAAUUGGCGGGCUUUUAAAGUCCAUUAAGUUUUGAAUUCGUACUCUUCUCAUUUCUAAGCAGUAACUAACCGCCACUCACCCCAGGACGUCCUUUGCAAUAAAAAUUCAUACCACCUUCUGUCCAGAUAGACCGCCGGUUUCGCGUCAGUUGACAACCUAGCCUCAUCCAUUUGAUUAAUGCACGGUGAAAGUCAGACAGUAUGCGUGCUUCAAAAGUUCUGUACCGACAGCAGUUGAUUAGGUGGACUACAGCAAAUAGAAAGCGCACACGACCGGGAACGCCUCAUGAGAAAAUCCCGCACGGACCUUCGAAUUCCCUACUUUCUACACACAGUUCUGGCAAUUACGCUCUCUGGUAACUUUUCAUGGCCUCGAAUUUAAAACAAAGAGUAUUACUAUUACGGGCAUUAUGAUGAAGAUAUUUUCCAGAAAAUCUAAUUAUUUUUCUUUGAGAUAAUGGAAGACAACCACAUUUUGUGUGCGAAGCCACCAAUAAUUCCGUACGGACAACUGGCUUUGGAGUAUAAAUUCUGCAUUACUUACAGAAAGUGAGUGUCCAGUGACUCUCUAACCCUAAGUACUAACUCUAAAACCCGACCAUAAAGCCAACUAUAAACCCUAAACCCUGGACACUAUCCCUUAACCUAACCCUUAACUAUAAACCUUAGAUCCCAGUCGUAAACUCGAACACCAACAUAAUUGUGAAUCCUAAUCGCAGCAGUCCGCGAUGCACCUCGAAUUGAAAGUAUCCGCAAGUAGUACUACGCCUGCUGAAAUCACUGAUAGUACGAAAGCGAUAAAUGUUCACGAAGCACGACAGCGUUUCCGAGUCCCAUCGUUGCAAAAAACGGGUUUGUGAAGUCGUCGGUAAAAAUACGACGAGUAGGUAUACAGUGUCAUAUAGAUCAGCGGUUCCUACCACGAAUCCAUGAAGCCCAAUGACAAAAACCCUGAGCAGAGAGUCAGUUACGUCGAUUCUAGGUGAAUCGCGUUCAGCAUCUUAAAGGCCGCGCUUUUUAAGUUUGAGCAAAAUACUUGACAGAGCAGUCCGAUUUGAGUCCACGAAGGAUGAUGGCUUAGUGCCGUCGGAUGCGAAGAGAUGUUUUUUGAAAAAAAAAUCCAGAACCGGCAUAAACCCCCUGAAUUAGCUUAGCACAGAUAAGCUCUCGGAACUCAGCUACAUUUCUGCUGACAAAGAAUCUUAAAAUUCCCGUUUAAGCGUGAAGAAUCUUUUUCGUAAGGACCAGGUGCAAAAACAGUCGCAUCAUCACGUAGUUCAUCCACUCAGCUUCCGACAUUACUGUUCUUCAAUAAGUAGCACUAUUUAUCUAAUGAACUAGUUGUGUACAAUCUUAAGACAUCGAAAAUAUGGACGAGCUUUUCAACUCGAAUUCUGCUUUUUCAGGAAGAUGCCUUCUAGUGGCAGACUGUGCGGCUGCCGAUGUAGUGCGCAGGUAGUAUGUUUCCGCCUACUGUCCAUAAGUUAUCCUCAGUUAAAGUGCCGGCGCAUUCUCCUUGUGGUCAGGGAGUAAGGAACAGGUUAUGGCACUAAACGACCAAAAUGACCGAGACAUUUUCAAUUUAAAAUAUUCCAACUUUCUCCCUAGGAGACUCUUAACCUUUCUGAGGGCUUUACUCCGCAGCACGACGUAUGCUCUUUAGUUUUAUACUUUAAGCCUCUCCGGCCGGGACUCCCCAUUCCGUAAUGUUCUGCACGUCGAUCUUCAACUUUCGACUGGUCGAAUGGGUCUGCGACUGACGAAACCCGAAGUCAUUUUACGCUAUUUCGAGACAUUUCCUCUUCCUGACUGGGUCUCAAUAAUUCUGAGUCGACUUUGAAAAUGUUUAUACAAGGAACAGGGAUGUAUCUUGUGAGAAGUAAGGAGUUUACGAUGUUUGGGACUGUCUGAAGUAGUCUGCCUGACAUUUGCAAGCUGCCAGUUAAAGAACUCCAAAACUUUAUGGAAGCGUUUACUUUCUUAUCAAAGUUGAUGCUUUCCUUUGAGUUUGCGUCUCGGGGCCUUUGUAAGAGUUGCAGGCAUUGCAAUUUUCUAAUUUUCUGCCUCAGAGCUACCGUUUGACGUUAGUAAAAGCAUGCUUUAGUAAAUACCGUAGUUUAUUUACGCAGGAGAUUUUCAUGCAGGACUGCCUAGUGGUCUCCGGAGCCAACAUUCAUAUUCGCCCAAACUCGAAGGUGCUAUUUUUCCGAUGAAAUUAUUUUGUCCAUCGAGCCGAAGUAAACUAAAGUUUACUAUUUAUAUCCCCUUAGGUUUCAUGUCGAAUCAACUGAACUACCGAAGUGGCUGAGUGAGAUUACUGUAUCAGGAUCCCUCCAGGGUAAAUUAUUUACUCCUUUCUGAUCACUAUUUUUAAUUAAUUGUCCUAUUUUUCAAAAGGAAAUGAAGCAAGCCAAUUAAUACGACACUUACUAGAUAUGACGGAGUUGUUUGGAAGGAAGGGGUAAUUCGUACCUUAUUGCUUUCGCUACGGUCUUACUUAGAAAGGAUUGAGCACUGCGAGUCACUCGAUCCUCUGUUAUACGAGACUUAUUUGACACAGGAAAGUUGCAUUUUCUCGACUCAAAGUCCUAAAUUAACAGCUGUACGUGGGAGCAGCUUGAUUAACUGUGUCCAUUAAUCAAAGCUGCAUGCACAGUAAGCAUAUUGACUUCCAGGAAGUGAGGGUCAGAACGAUCUUGGUAAGCGAGCCUCGCAUGAAAGUCGCGUACACCUAUAAAUCUUGAUUCCAGGACAGUAAUGGGUAUUUCACUUUUUGGCCGGAGAAGCUAUCACCCACGCAGACGGUCGCAUGGCGACUAACAAUCAAUACUUUAAAAAGUUUACUGACAAAAGGCAGGGCGACCAAAGUGGUUAUUUUCGACUCAGUUACCGUUAUCCGCAAGAGCAAUUCCAAGUCCAGGUUGCACGCUCGGGAUGGGGGGGGGGGGAGAAUAAUGUGGUUGAACCCGAAGCAGUUGACCGACGAGGGAUUCCCUCAUCAGUGCACACUGGGUUUACAUCGUGUCAGCUGAAAUCGGCAGUAGUAAAUCACGUGGGAAUGGCGUACAUGCGUCUAUCAUGACUGUAGGGCGAAAAUACUCAACAGCAUGAGUUUGAAAUCCAAGGCGUACCGCUUGGAGGUUAUCAUUGGCGGAUGACGGGAAAAGAGUAGGAAUGACCACGCCCUUUGUCAGAAAAUCUUGUCAGUAAGCGAACAUUCUCGUGUCGAAAGAUGCUUAAGAACCCAAUAAACGCACUUCUUUUUCGUAUGUUUGGUAGCUGCGAGGAUUCCAUCAUGGAAAGGCAUUUAUCCAAACAAGAUCCACUGCAGGAGGGUGUAUGAAUAACCUAAGUACUAGAUAAUGACGCUGCCGAUGCCCAUGUUUCUCUUCUUCGUACUUCCGUCUCAGGGGGUGGGAACCUAAUUGUUGAAACAAUAAUUUUACACGUCAGACAUUUCGAGUUCUCUUCUGCACCCUUAUUUAGAAACACCAACAGAGUGGGAAUCGAUGACGUCAGGCCAGUAUACUUCUUGUUGCAGCAGUUUGGUCUUCCAUUCUGAUUUAAGUCCUGCAGCGCGCCCUCGACAUAAAAUUGUGCACAUACAUAACGUACGUAGCCAAGAGGUGAAAUAAAUCAACAGGCCGGACAAAAGACCCAUUACUGAUUUGCCAUUCGUAAGUCUUCGCUGAUGUCGAUCGGACAGGUAUGCACGCUGGAUUUGUCGAACACCCUUCUAAUUGGCGACACUGAGGGAUGGUUUUUUGACCGUUAGCAGUCCAAACUAACAGAUUGGAAGUAAAUUGCCUUGAAGUAUUAAUAAAUUUGGCGUGAGCCUUCAACGCCCUCUUCAACUAUCGGCAGUUGUCUCAACGAGGUCAGCUGCUCCUGAACAAAAAAUGCAAAUUGUGCUUAACCUGCCCACAAAAUCCUCACCGGUGAUGUUCCAGCACUUGCUGGUGCAAUUUUUUAACACUUCCCUAUUUUUAUGAUAAAUAUCGGAGCUUAGCCUUUUUUAUCUGAGGAGGCUGCCUGCGGUUGACUUUUUUCCAUUUGUUAGGUAUGUUUUUGCGUCCGUAUGAUUAUUUGGUUGAUGUAUGCGGAAACGGACAGUUCUUAGUCUGGUUCUGAUUUCGCUAGUUCCUCCUCCUCUUCCUUAUCCUCCCCCUCAUCCUCCUCCUUCAUGUUUUUUGCUUCUAAUAUAGCUUUGAUUAGCUGAGGAAAUAUUAUGUUUGCGUCCCUAUUCGUCUUGAAGUUUGUGCUUCCUCGGUGUCCUCUUCUUGAUUUCCUGUCAAAUUUCCGACCCUGUCGAGGCUUCGGAAUGGGUCGUUCUAACCAACGAAAAAGCGUAGGGGAGCAGUGAAAAAGUCUGUUUAUAUUCAAAAAAGUUUGUUUUUUGUAAGCCAACUCUACUAAUCUCUAAAAAUGACCUUGCAGAGUAAACAUUGGUGAACCCCUCUUGUUGUGAAUAGGCAUGAAAACCUCGAAAUAAGCCACAAAUGUCUAAUAUAAGACACUGUAUGGGAAAGAUCGCCGACCGGAUGAUAAAGUAAACAGCUACUACACAUAACGCUGUAAAACUCUCAUCCGAAGAUUGGUACUCAUGAUGGAGGCGAAAUCUGACAGGAUCCUCUUUCUCUUCUGCUUAUCGCUAGAACUGCCAUGUGAAUUUUGCAAAUUACUUUCCCUUAAUACUUUGACUACUUGAGUUAAAUUCCUGGCAAACUUUAAUAACUAGUUCAAUUUCCAAGAAUUCACCUGACUGUAGUCUUGCAAGUCUUGAUAUUGGAUCAUUCAAAAUAUGACUUCUAAUAUCAGCAUGUAGGAAUAUUGAUAAUGCAGACUGGGAGUUUCUGGAGCAGUUAGGCAUCAUAUGGCAACGGCCUUAACUUUCUUCGCAGUUGAUAUUGGAUUGUCCACCUGUUUCUAAACUUCAGUUUUAAGGAUGAUAGAGAGUUCAAUUUCCUUUAUAUUUUAUUAUAAAGGACAGCUUUUGCGAAAUAAAUGCCUUGGUAAUCCUUCGCCAAACGCAAUUGAUCUGGUCAGUAGUCGUACUUUGAGCAUUCCUGGGAAGGGAGAGUUUCCUUUUAAAUUAAUUAGUUAGACACUGCUUACCAGCAUUGUGUUCUCCGUUCCAAGGCGAAGGAUCAUCCUCGUAAAGUGUUUUCGCAAACUGGCAUUGAACGUUUUUGUUAGACAUAUUUGUCGACCUAACAUACGCAGAACCUUAAAUCAAAUCAGCUAUCCAUUUCAUAUUUGUCAAAAGUUUUGUAAAAUUCUCUGGAAUAUCGAGGUAUUAAGAGGAUUUUAGCUUUAUUAUUUUGAGAAAAUUUUGAAAGCGAAAUGACAUCUAAUGAGCAUAGUUCGUGAAGCGUCUUACCUCAAGGUCACGCAUGGAGAAAUUGGAGUGCUAUGCACUUCCACCCGAGAGUAUUGGAUUGGAAAAUCUAUAACUGAAAAUGAGAGGUAAUGAUUACUCCUCGAAAUUGUCUGACUUUAAAUUUUUCUUGGUUGGACUCCACUUUGUCAUGCCCGCUGUAGAGCCAGUUUACAUCGGGAAUGGCACCGAAAGGAAGGUAAUGACGAAUAUCGAAAAAAAUGUGACCAUUCUCUUCGCAGAACACUCAGUAUGAGUGUUGAUGCCACUGUUUCUUUCAAAUCGAAUGCUCUUUAAGGAAGACUUAGAGGAAUGCUUAGAAACUAUUUUUAGCUAUACAUUGCGGUGUAUGAAGCUUUCAGUGUCUUUUUAAAUAAAAAUGGCCUUCAAACAGAAGACGAUGCAGCCUAUUUCAAGCAUCCGACAGCAUAAAAGAUGAAGUUAAUUGCCGAUGGUAUGUCUUUGUGAGACUGUCGUUCAUUUGACACACAGCGCCUUUUUUCAAUUUUUCAACAGUAUCACUUCCACGGCUGGUAAGGCCUGUAUGCGUGUGCAUUUUUAGGACAUAAGGGAUGGCGCCGUAAGCUGUAGCUGCUGUGAACAUGAAAGCUUCGGUUGCGGCAGCCGCUUAAUAGUUUGGCGUCGUUUUUAUGUGGUAGGGGCCAACACACAGUUCUCUGGUAUUGUCCAGCUAUGAAUACUAAAGGAGGAAAGAGUAAAACUUUGCUGCCUGGCAGAAAGCAGGUAAACCGCCCUUUUGUCCCCGCCCUAUCGUUUGCCUGUUUUAACGGACGCAUUAACUGGUAGGCAAAGAUUUUCGCCUUUUACCAAGCAAGCACCACUCUAAAACAAAAUCUGCAUGUGAAUACUGAGUUAGAAUUUAUUGGGUAAGCUUCUCUGGUUCUUAUGUUAUUUGCAAACCGAGUGCAGAGAGAAAAAAGAGUAAAAGACAGUUUUCACGACUAGAAUAGCAAAUAUAGUGAUAAUCUGACCCACGUAUGACCACUUUUAGGGGCUUUAUGUCUCAAUGAAAACAUCAUGUUGCAUGGAAUGCAGCUCUUAUGCAGUUGAAUUUUUGAAAAAUCUGUGGAGUUUAUGUGGGAAAUAUCGCUUUGCAGUCUCCCUGUGGUUAGAUAAUGUUGAACUUAAUAUCAAGUUCAAUGAAUGCAGAAAUUUUCAAGACGGAUGUCUGAAUGCAAGCGAGGAAACCUCGUAAAAAUCUUGCCUCCUUCGUAGAUUUUAGUAAGAGUCGCCAUCAAUUAUUAAUCUGUUUAUACAAGUUUGCUUGUCAACUUGUCGCAAGCCUCGUCUGCUUGGUGUUCUCUUGCUCCAGUUGGUAACUUGUAAUAAAGAACGGCUGCUCUGCGGCUGCCUCCUAGGUGCUACAUUGCAACCUUGUAGUCUAAUGGCCUCGUGCCUCGGAAUGUUUAAUUCAUCGAAUUUUUAUAUAAUAUCCAGAGGGUAACUUUAAACGAACAGUUGAUUUGUGUGGCAAAAAAUGACAAAAUUCACGAAAAGCAUAGGUCGUCAGAGUCAUGAGCAUGUAACUUACUAUUCCUAUGUACAUUCACCAGACAUGCGAAUAAGUCAUCAUUUAGACGAGGUUGCGAUAAGGGGCAAAAGGAAACAUGCUUGACGGUUUAAUUUCUGCCGGUUUUGUGCGGACAUUCUUUGAGUCACGGGGAUGUGUGUCUUUCCGUUUAUUUUUCGUAAUUGUGCAACUAAAUGUUUAUCCCCGUACACAUCCUGCAGGAAGCUACAACUCCUUUCGAGUUGGUGUUUUAACUACAACAAUACUUAGGAUUCGAAGGCUAUCAAUGUGAAAUAUUUUGAGAAAUUCGCAUGAUUAUCCGUCUAUUCAGAUAUUCGCAUGUUUAUUAAUACUGCUUAAAAAAUCUACAAAGCUUUUUAUUCCUCAGUGACAUUUUAUCAGCGCCUAGGUAUGCUUUUGUAGUUAGAUUAAAAUACAAACUAGUUUCUUGGGAAAACUGUAAAGCAUGUGGACUUGAAACAUUAUGAGCGAAUGGAAAUUCAUUGCCCUUCAAACAACACAAAAUCGAAAAACUUUUAAAGUCAAAGUACUUCCUAAUUAGAGUGCCUCUGUUUGAUAAAGAAGUGACCACCUCUAAAAAACAUCCGAGAAAUGAAUCAUGUGUCCGCAGUCUUCGAACAAUGAAAACAUAAAUAUCGAAAACCGAUGGAAAAAAUAAGCAUUACUUACAUAUUUUUUUUUUAUCAAAGUCCCAUUCACACAGAUUAGACGAACAAAACUACCGCAAUGAAACGCAGCACUGUAGUAUGCCUAAGAUCCUCCGAACUGUGCUUCAUCCUUUUCAGGGCAACAUACGACGUCCACUUCGUCCAGAGUACUAGUGCUCUCUAUUAUCCCUUGAGUUUUUUCAACACAGGUUUUGCAGGCAUAUAAGUACUAGCUAUUCUCGUCCCGAGUUGAAGCCCCGGAGAUAAUUGUGACAGCCGCUAUGCCUGUCACGCUUUUUGUCUGGGCUAAACGGAGAGCAUUACAUAAGUCUUAAACAUAAACGGAUUUCAGCGAGUAGUUCAUCGCUGGCUUUUACCAGGUUAUGUAUAUAGGUUGUUCAGCAGUCCCCAGCUUGAAGUAGAUAGGUUUUUGAUCAUCAGUCGUGUCGUUCGCACUUCAUUACUCUGAUAAAACUAAUUUUUCCGUUUCUGCAGGCACUAUUUUCAGAAGAUUAUACGCCUUUGGCUGAACGUCACCCGAUUUAUUUACAUGUUACGCACCUAUUAUUUCCUUUGAAAGCUCUCUGAACUUGUGUCUAUAUCUCAGAAAAGUGUAUGGAAAUGGGAAAAAUACGCCUACGGGAGUUCCGGGAUCCUUCUCAAUUUAACAGCCCCUUUUUCAAGUCUCGACUGCCCCAGUUGGAAAUGAGUUUCCGUUUGUAAACUUUCUCUCUGGUCCCGCGGACGGAAUUGGGUAUUUUAGACACUUGAUUAUUUUGCCAACGCACUUGCUUCCAAAUUAGCUUGUGAAAUGGUGUUCUUCAUAGAUGUGUAGGAGUAGUAUUCGGUGAUCUGGCCCGAUUGCAGAACGGAACACCGGCCCUCAACUAAAACUGUUAUUUCUGAGUUAGAUUCUCCGCAAUCGGUAAAAAUGCAUGAAACACUUUUUUAAAUACGGAACUUAGAGAAUUAGACACAUUUGCCUAACCCCAAAGCUUUACUGAAUCAUUCGGUGUUCAGGGCAAAGUUUGUGAAUUUCAAUUUUGGCGAAUUCGUCGGCUAAUUCUCAAUGCUUGGGCGUUGGCGGCGACUACACACUCAAAUAAGAUAAGUCAUUCUCAUGUUUCUUCGAUUAAAUCUCCCAUAGGCCAAAAACCUAAAAUCCUUUGAUGAUUUCCAUCGGAAAGAAAAAGUUGUAUUAUGUUGGUCUUAACUAUCAAAGAAGAUUAUGCAUAUACUCAACCGCGAGUCAACCCCACUUUUUGCGUUAAUAUAUCAACUGAGCGAAAGCGUUUGGAGAAUCGCAUGUUCUUUACGUCUCAAGACGGUUCAGUGAGUGGGACUAACCAUUGAAAAGGGAGUCAAAAUGAUGUCUCCUCAAAUUCAAACUUUCAAACUAAGAUGGCCGUUAUUUCUUAGGAUUUGCGGAUUUGGGUGGUAGGAUUGGCUUAGAAACGGAACUAGCCCCACUAGGCUCAUGCUUAUUACCUGAUGUUGCUAAAAGCAGAGUCGUGGCUUUGAAAUAUGACGUCAGAACUGAGAGAGCCUACUGAUAAGACGUAACGAUCCGUCAUGUGUAUAACGUAGCCGUCGCCUAAACCACUGUGCACGCGCGCCUGCCCACGGAACCAAUUACGUGACAAGGUCGACUGUUGAAGGUCGAGGAUUGGUUUAGAAGCGAACGUCUGGUCUUCGUGCGCAUCGCAUGCCUGUGCCAGCGUGUCCUGAACGCUGCUUAACACGCGUAGUUGGUAUCAUCAACCAGCUAACUCAUUUUGCGUAAUCUUUGAGAUCGAAUCCACCAUCUAGAUUCAACGAAGGGGACGCUGAGUCUUCAAAGAAUCCUUUCUUGGAUUUUGCCUUGUUUCAAUCAAAGAAUACGACUAUUCCUCUUACCGGAAGUUUUUCGCAUCGUAGGCUGGGAUGGGCGGCUGCUGUUCAGCGAAUUGUUGCGGUGGCGGGGAUAGUGAGUUUAAUGCUCUGUUGUUUUAUGCAAGAUUGCAAAUUGUGAACUAGGUACUUACCAAGCGCGUAAACAUCUAUAGAAUGCUCGUUAAAUUUCUACUCUUGGUAUGGCUAACACGAGGAAAGGUUGACAAAAUAGUUCUGACUUUGAAGUGAGUUCGGUAGUGAAAAGUGUUAAUGUAAAUUUAGAAACGUAUUUAUAUUCUGUCCAGCGAUAGUCAGUUAGUGUGUCUUUUCAUUUACAGAAAAUUAAAAGAAUUUGGUUUGAGUUAUGAAACACGUUGGCAAAAGUUAAUUAGCUUUCCACAGUCAUAUUGGUUCCGAAUUGCUCUUUGCUAAAAUAUGGUCUGAUUUGCCUUAUUUUUGCUGCGAUACUCUUUGUGAAACAAAAUGCAGGGACUUGUGGCAUUCACAAAGCUAGUCUGACACUCAAAUACAUAUUGGUUAUAUUUGAUGUUAACCUGGACAACCUACUUCAGAUACCACCGCAAAAGACCCCUAACACCUGGUUGAAUUUGCACAGUUUUGUGUUUUCUGUCAUUGCAACACUCAAAGGCUUUGUGCAAUGGCUAUGCUGACUUGGAUUCAAGUUCGGAACGGUUUAACAUGCACCAGUCUGACGUACUUAUAGCACCUAUCGUGAUGAUUCCUUUGCAUAACUUUUGCCAUCUCUUUUUGCUGCCUUUGCCCAUUUCAAAACCUAGUUUAUUCAGUCUCUCAUGUAGGUUGUUCUUGCUGCUGAUCGAAAUUUGUUAUAUGGAUAAGACAUUGAAUUAAAUUAUUAGCCCAGGAGUUGCGGACAUCGUAGCUCCAAACGGAGACUCCAGCAAUUAUACCGGCAGCAUUAAACUCUGUCGAAGACAACAGCACUGCACCGCGCAGUUCUAAAUGUCACUCAGAUUGUCGUUUGCUGGCCCAUUUCGAAGGCGCUUUCUUUUAAAUCUACAGCUGUAUCUUUAGUGACAAGUAUUUCAGUUCGUCUUCUACGACUAUUUUUAGUUCUCUUGUUGAGAGUUAGUAAAAACACGCAUCUGGACCUCUGAUUUGGAAAAGGAGCAACCGUCUUUGAUCUUACUUUUUGCUCGUAUUUUUAUUUCUAGUCCUUGCAACGUAAAAUAAGUUCUCCUGUCUGAAUAUCCGUUCUGCAUAGGCUGGGUUUGCUUUCAAAGAUUAGGGACUUACGAGUACAGGCCACCUAACUGUUCAGAAUUUUCUCAAUCGACCAAUGAGGUACCCAUGUUUCCUAAAUGCCAUAGGUAAGUUUGGCAUUUGUCCCUUCACCAACUUCGGCCUUCAUUUUGACUGAAACUUUCCACUAGACGCCUGUUUGUGAUAUUUGGUCAUGGCUCCGAAGGGGAAUGCUUCGCCAGACCGUCCGCUUCUAAUGAUUCUGAUCACCUCAAAAGCUCAGACCUCCUCAGGGCCAGAAGCCAUUAAUGAUGUGCGUCUGAAUCACCGGACUCCCGUCAUAAAAAGGCCGUAUUGCCCUUAGUUCCAGAGGAGAAGUAACCGUUGAGUAAUCGGCCUUCAGAGCAACUAGAUUUCCAGCUGAUCGGACAUGGGUAUUUUGCCGCAUAACCCCACACUUCCUGGUUCGAAUGGCUUGGAGUUGCGAAGUUCGCAAACUCGCACCUUACGGGUAGUCCAUGCACAUGCCCCAGUGCAUGAUAACCAGUACACGCAUUCACUGUCAUCGCGCCGCCGUUUACGUUAGCUUAGUGGAUGUAGGGGGUUAUAAUACGAGGUUCUCCACCGCUACCAUCAGCAAAUGGCUGAUUACGAGAUCAGAAUUGCAUAUGUUCUUUUUCUGUGCUCUCAGCAUACUUCCGUAGUCGGGUAGUGGCUUCGGUGCAUUAGUCGGCUACCAAUCCGCGUAAUCGUAGGCGCCAAACGCGCUGUCGGCAUUACCAUGACAUGAAGUCUGUCUAAUUUCAAUGUGCACACGUCCAUGCGCAUAUCUUUAUAGUUUUUUUUAAGUGCGCAGCUUAAAUAAACUGGUCAUCGAGGAGUUCGCCUGAUUGGGGGUGGAAGGUUAUGGUUAACGAGAGUAAACGCUUGCAUACCUUAUACGCGAAAGCAUGCAUAGUCGCCAUUCCAGUAGAUUUAAAUUCUGAAACCUAUGCCAUUUUUAUCUAAUCAGUCUGCUCGGAUGGCCCGUAAGUACUCGAGCAUACUCUUCUUUGAGUUCACGCAUAUGCAGAAGGCAGUCCAAGGUUUUCGAAGAAUAAUAGGCCUUAACAGGUUAAUAUUUCGAGAUAAAAAGCUAGUAGGAUGCAACUGUCUCCCUUUUCCUGCUUCGACAUAUCUUCUUGUUGGUCCUCUCCGCUGCAUCCACAAACUGUUGGGUAGCCUCUGCCUGGCUUUAAGUGUGGAUCACCUCGUCGAAAUUUCAAUGACCGACUGAUUUUCCCAGACAAACAGUUCGUAUUCUACUUACCAAAUCUACCAAACAUUUUUGCCGUCAAUAUUCUUCUCAUUACUUCUUUGGAGUGCAUUGUUCGUUCUUUUUGUAUCCUUCGAAACGCGGUUUCUUAGUAACAAUGUAUACGUAGAGACCAAUCACACUGAAACGCCUCUCUCUUGUUGAAAGGAAUUCAGUCUUUUGUCCAAUUUAAUUUAUUUCACCUUAAAUCUCCGAAGCGUUUUGCCCCUAGUGCUUCCCCGUACCCCAAUUCUAAUGCAAUCAUCCUUUUCAUUCUCUCAUCCCCCCACAAAACUUCUUUUAGAAUAGAUUUUAAUGGCCAAUAGGGUACUAAGAUUGAACAACAUCGUUAAUCUUUUGUAUUCAGCACUGCUUGACAGAAACUCGACUUAACUACGACAUAUGAAGUGGGCCCCAUCAUUCCCUUCCACGUUAUUUUUCUGAGGCAAAUUCAUAAGGUAUAUGUCCAGACCCGCAAAAAAUACGAACCGAAAACCCUGAAUGUAUUUUCAAAUAUGAAAAAUAAUUUAUGGGGUGUUUAAGUCGAAUAUGAAAUCCACCCAUUAGUUAAGCCCGGUGGAAAUUCUGUCAUUUUCUAACACAGUUUAAGGACGUAAAUUGAUUGGUAUUUAUUUUUAUCUCAAUCCUGAGCAACGCAAAGGAAAGUGGACAGCACCAGAGUUUUUGGAUGAAUUGGCUGUUAUAUCAUAAUUUCCAGACUAGUGUAGACGUUGACUUUCUGAGCCUAAACGGUCUACUUGCAUUAUUAUCAGUGUCUAAAGGUUCUAAGUUGCCAUCAUGCCAAAAAUAGCAAAACAAGUACUCUCAAUAGGGAAAAAGCAGGGACGACUUUCUGUAAUUCACUUAGGAAAACAACUCAAGACCACGUAGAAGUAGAAUUGACCGAUCUUGCCUCAAUACAGAACUGAGUAGGGGGUUUCCUUUUGUCUCGGAGUUCUGGUCUAGAAUUCUUACCGAAUGUCAACUAAUGAGAGGUCAGCAAAUCUCGAGAGGUAGUACAGUCAUGGACAAGAGAGACUGAAAUGUCCGUUUAGGAACCAUCUGCAUGGGGCUGGGGCUGAGUGGUAGAAUGUACCGCUCAAGAACUAAGUGAAUCCUAGUCCUUAUCGGUAAGGCUUCCCGACCAGGACAAGCUGUUCUCCAGCAUACGCCUGUACUCGAAUCUUCAUUGUGACAAUUGCACGCAUGCUUCUUGCUUGGCGUUUCGGCAGUCAUCCGUCUAUCUUCUUUCUAUGGACGAUUUCAAAUCCAUUCUCAGUACGCUCUUUCUGGAAGGAAAAUCAUUUUCCGAGUGGAAUACUGUGUUACAAAAUAGUGAGAGCAUCCAACUUUUAUUAUUGAUAACUAUGUGGAGAAAGGAUCCAGGAAACUGGAAGUUUGUCGGGCUGAUCUUUCGAAAGCAACCAGGCCUUCACCACGGGAGGAUUGAGUGGCAUCGCAUUCCACAAUGUUCUACGGUGUUGACGGUGCCGCCACCCUGCACUCGCCCGACGCCGACCAUGAACGCUAUUACGAGAUCGGGGCGAUUGUCCAUCUCGCCGCCGUUUAUGCUACGGCUCAUUGGCGUCCCUCGGGUCACAAUUGUGUUGCUUCUCCGUCUGCAUGCCGCUUGGCCUAGACUCCACGGCGCCGUCGGUUGCGGUGUUUCCGUAGGGUUUGGCGCAUCGCAGGGAUAGUCAUGCAGCAAUUGACAAAUUCCGUGCUCAUGUGCCAGGCCUCUAACGUCUGCCCGUGCUUAUGGUGUUGACUCGGUCACUUAUUCUGGCAUGUCGAAGUGCGAACGCAUAUCCUCUUGUGACACCGUGCUCUUUCACUGACAAUGGGUCUAUCCUUUUCAUUGGCUGUGUGUCCCCAUGCGUUUUUUAGUCGCCUAUUCUUUCCUCUGACUAGUUUGCCUGACAAGAAGGACAUCAGACCCGAUAGACAACGCGUGCAAGUUAACCAUAUUGCAGUCGUUCUUCAUUCGCAUGAUCUGUCACUGGAUUAUCAUUUCAAGUCGUUGUGUAGUGUCAAUCUCCAGAGGUUGAAGAGGCCACUUAAGAUUUCGGACACAUCAAUAUCUGGCAACACUCGCUGGACGUUUGAUUGCCUUUUUAUGGACCUAUUAGUGUCGUGUGUCUUCUCUUAUUCGACAAAGUUGUGCGGGUGCCAGCUUGAAUUUUGACUGACAUACUUUGUCUUCCAUCUUAUUGCAGUUGGUUUCCACUUUCUUGUGAAGGGUUCGCAGACGGCUGCGUUUGUCUGAUAGCACAUGCUAACUCGGUGUCCGUCUUUCCUGCGUACCGUCAUCCUUCCGGUGGACAAGGAUGUCCUUAAAAGUUUUCCUCUGUGAUGAAGUGAAUCUCCGAAAGAAAUUGGGUUUCAUUUCUCAUGAACCUGUUACAUUCUUUGCCCUUUUGGGGUGGCGAAUGUUGAGAAAGAAGAGAUUCGAUUGGUGGAACAAGAAUUUCAUUGGAUCAUUUGUUCAGAUUCACUCUUGAGUCUAUACUUGGACUCGCCGACAGUAGUAGCAAACGCACAGCGUGUGAUUGGUAUGUAACCACACAGCAGCUCUCCCAUGCAUCUCGGAUUCUAGUACUUGGUACAUUAAUGGCUUUGUCAUCCCCGCCCAGGCCGUAAAUUGCCGCGAUUGUAUCGUCGGUGCUGUGGAUUAGCGUGAAAAUUACCCCGGCAUUUAACCCGCCAUGACUGUCACAGGAAGCAUUGGUCCGCAAGCGCUCCCCACGUGCAUAAAAUGAUUCUGCCAAUGCAAAGUCCUAGCCCCAGAUAGGAAAAAAGUGGAGGUUAUUGUUUUUGUUGUCUGAUAAGUGUGACACAAACAGCUCACGACCGACAUGGUAACCGUCUCUCGCGAGGAUUGUAGCCUUAGCGAACUGGAAGCAGCUACUAGCUCCCAUCUACUGAGCUCAUAAUUUAGAGUCGGCUCCAUUCGUCAUCGCUGCUGUGUUUUCGGUCAUUCGCGUACUGAUUUAUCUUCCAGUUUCGCCGACAUAGCUGACUCGCCCACAAUUGCACCAAAUCCGGUAAAUGGCCGGAGUAGUUUAUUGCUGUGGCAGCGGGUCUUCCGACAGCAUCAUUUAGGACCUGACUGUCUGCGUGCAAUUCGAACUCUGAGUGACAUGAAAAGGCGGUUAAGGGCUUCUAAGACUUUUGGCAUAUAGGGGGUGAUCACUAAAAUUUGGGUCUAAUGUAGCUUGGUCUCACACAUCACUUUGACGUACACAGGCUAACAAAGUUGGUUCUGAGUGACCAUCAAGGGUAUUGCAAUUCCCCAACCUUGUCUUUCUAUUUGCUACCGUGCAUCUCAACACCCUGAUACAGCACCAUUAAGUAACCUCUUUUGUGGUUGACUGGGUGAUUUCUGACGAAACUCGGUACUUUCGUGAUAUUUGUCGCUUUCUUGGGUACUUUAGCUUUUGGGUCGGUACUAUGAAGAGUAUUCGGUUGAUUUGGUUCUCCUCCAUCAACUACACGACUGAGGAGAUAGGCUUGUGAUCUUCCUUGAAUUUCUAAACCAGUUUUUCUCCGCUGAAAAUUCAAAACGAACCUAUACAGCAGGACUCACUGUCGUCAAGAAAUUUCGCAGCCUCUAUUUAUUUGUUUUCUACUGCCUUCUAACUUUAAUAACAAGCAAUAGAAGUAAAGUAGUUUGAAAAUGACUAAUCGAGAUGAAAAGGACAGGAUCACAGUCCGGGAAAUUGGAUGAAAUUUUUUUGGAAUUUAUAUAGGCAAGCAAUUAAAAGACCGUUUCAUGCAAACAAGUGUGUAAAUCAUGAGAUGGGCCGGUUUUAUCAUAUGAUUUGAUUUUUUACACAAAUCCGGUUUCCCCUUUCUUUGAUAACAGCGAAAUUUUAUCGACGGACCAGCCCUAAACUUUUGGUCUGUACUUACGGAAAAUCUUCAAUUUCAGCCGCUGAAAAACCGCCUUGGUUAUGAGACCAGAAAUCGAUGAUCACAUAAAAGUGUCUCUCGCAUGUUCAUGCCACGCAAUUGUCUGCGGUAAAUGCGGGAACUGACCAUGGGUUCUGGCGUGAAUCCGAAAUGCCAGUCGCAAACAGAUUUUGCUUCAAUUCCCAAGUUUCUCUUUUAAACGGAUUUCUGAAGCCAACUUUUUUUCCUGUGCAUCGGUGUUAAAUCGGUCGUCUGUAUAAGAACCGCAGUCUCAGUUAGAAGGCUUAUAGAGCAGUCUUGGCAACGAGUCCAGAUACCCACAACCACAUUUGAAGACUUUUAUUCUGCUCGUAGGUAGUCUCAUUGAACGUAGACUACCUUCUAAGGCUGAAUUUAGUCAACUAACCGAUGGUUCAUUUGGUCAUUUGUGUAUUUAGCUAUAUUCGCUCUUCAGUUGUUGAAAUUAAAAUGAAGGGUGACACCAUUACUUCAUCCACACCCAUUCGCAACUCCCUAACGUUCUUUGUAAGUUUCGGGUUUUUCAGACCUCGUUGUGUGAAUAUUUUGGCAGCCGUUUCCUAUGAGGCCAUCCAGAUGUCCUCGUAGUGGGAACUUGCUCUAUUAGUAGGACGGGACAGAAAGAGCGUAGUGGGUUCAAUGCCAAAAAAUUUAUAGUGUGAAGCACUUCUAAUACAUCUCUUUCUGGCCUAUUUAUCCCUCCCCUUCUGGUAAAACAGCGUGAAUGGCUUUUCUUCCGCGCAUCAUUUUGUAAGCGACCAUAAUUACGCCUGGAUAGCACCAACACUUUUUUACAUGCUUAUAAACAGCUCUUCUUCACCCACUCUUUUUUGGUUAACCCGUCAGUGUGUUGAAUGGGGGACAAAGUUUUCGCACGGGUGAGAUGUAUUUAAGCAGCGGACUGCGUACGGUAAGAUGGCUCCCUUCUACCUCUUUGAGGAAACUUGACGCUGCCAUGUUAGAGACCCUGUAGAGGUCUGUUCAGGUUGUCGACGUCAGUUUCGCCAGGAAAGCGAAGAAAGCGAGCCAUGAAAAUCAAACGCACUUUCGGACACAAUUAGCAUAGUAGUCGCCAGAGGGUAGGUAAGAAAGGACCUGCGCAAAACGUCCAGUUUUUGAAACCAACGUUUUUUUAAGAAGACGGUCGUUAGAUGCUGAAGGUACAAGCAGCAGCCAAAAGCUAAAAAGCUGUUGGGAAUGAGUUAGGAAAUGCGGAAGCGUUUUACGCUAGUAGCAGUGUUCAAUAUUUCCUUAAAAACUGUUUUUUCAUCUUCUCAGCUGAAUGAAGACUUCUCGAUGGAACGCUCAUCAAAAUGAAAUUUAUGUUAUCUCGCAUUCAGAAGAAUAACUAGACACACCAGUGCAGCUUUCUGUAGCGCCAAGAAUGCUUUAAAAACAUAACACUGAAGAAUUUUAAUUUUAAAAAAUCACCAAUCACGAUGCUGGAAGUAUAUUUUAAUGUACUGAAACCCUGGAAACUGUCGAUAUGGACAAACUGCCUUAGAGUGCACCCUCUUUUAAAAGCCCUCUUUUUUAUAUUUUUAAUCCAAUGGAUAGGCAAAUGAGCCUAAAUUCUCUCAGUUAGUGCUUAUGAUGAUUGAAGUUUUUCAUGGCUGAUUUCCCAGAUAAAGACAGAAAUAACGAAAUUUUGUAAAAGAAUGUAACACAAAUGAUUGCCCAUCCCUCUUACAGGCACGAGGUAAAAGCCAUAGAACCUGAUUUGUGGAGUUCAACGGCUGCAUGAUACAACUACUAGCAGCUGGGCUCUCCACGAUAACGCGCGUCCGUGUAUUUAGCUAGUGUCUGUAUUGAAAACAGGGUGUAACACGUUUCUCUGCACAAACUGAACCAUUGCUGAAUUGACAGAUUAUGUGCCUGGUUCUGCACUGAACCUGACGCUUCCUGACUCGGUGUUUACUUGAGAAGUGAAUUCAGACCUGAGAAAUUCGAUUCCAAUUGUCGAACUCCAGGUUUCUCAAUUAACUGCAGAAGAAAUUUUAAAUUUGUUAGUGAAACGUCAUGAAACAUCCACAUAACCGAAAGAGGUUAGACCAUGAUUCUUUGGAGAAACCUUCCCGAGCUUGUUUUAUGGACUACUUAGAAAAGGUUUUCUGAAGGUUGACGUCAUUUUUUAUCCUGGCUUUCAAUAAAGCAGGUACACUGAUCGCUCCUUAUAUUAAGACAGUAUACUGAUGUGAACAAAAAGUGGAAUUUAAGGGAGCAAUCGCGAAAAAGAAAAUAGCUGGAACAAGAGCUUUACUAGCCUGACGUUUUCGAUUCUCAUUCGAAUUCAUCAUCAGAGACAGGACAAGAUAAGCGUAGGGGAUUGCAAACUACUUUGACUUACUCAAAUAAGCUUAUAUAACUCCUUUAUAUUGUAAUUUCAGGCGCCCAGAGCACGUUUUUGACCCCAUUGCCAGGAGUUGUAUCCUCUGCAUUCUGUCUUUUAGAUUAUCGGCACCCAGAAACAACCAAUUAAAAUCCAAGUGAACUACAUGGGGGGGGGGGUAGACUUUCAGAUUAGCUGUGGUUUCAGGGCUUUCAAGUAACUUUUUUUAAAAUGUGAGUGAACUAUGCCGAGCUUUUUGGUUUUUGGAAACAGCGGAACUAAAAUUUCAGUAACUGCCACAUGUUUAGCAAUUCAUACUUUGAGCAGUUCAUACAGUGAGGCUUGUCUAACAAACUUGAUCAAUUUCAUUGCUGAAUUUUAACGUUUAGGUAUCCUAUGGGCAUGAUCCCGAAAUCUUCAAUUUCUGCUUCGCUAAGCCUCUUCUUAAUUAUCUCUUGACUUGACUAUCAUCCUUAAUAAGACCAAAAGGAUUCGGCUCAUAUCCUAGCUCAAAAAGUCUAUGCAAAUCAGUGUGAUAUGCACCAUCGUACGGGCCUUUUUAGGUGUUCGGUCGACUGGGAAUGUUACCUCAGUCUUGCUUAUCCAGGUACACGUGAUGAUGCUGGGUAUAGGCUGAACUUAGAAUCGCUUUAUGCAGUAGAACGUUGGUGUUUUGUUACUUUGACACUUAUACUAGUGAAUUCUCAUUUAUCUGUUGUCAUAAAUGGGUGUUAAAACAUUUAUUGUUCAAAAUUCAUUAAUUUGCGACAUUCCUUUGUAAGCGAGCAUCCUGAAUAUUUGAUGGGCGCACCACUCGAUUACACUACAGUGUUCCCGGCGCUCUUGUUGUCUAAGAUGGAAUCACCCUUUGAUCCUGACUCACAGUACUCUGCAUAACUUUUUGGUUUUCCCAAGUACGGAUAUUGGAGUCUUGCCAGACCUGGAAUUGUGAUCAAUAAAUUUUGAGCGUCCACAGACUUCCCUAACCCAUUUCCUAAACGUUGAAGAGAAGCGAGACUGCUACCCGUAAACGUUCGCUAUGCAAAUAUGAAUCUCCGUGGGAGGGGUUUCCAUCGGCCGCAAAAUUCGGUAUUUCUAUCGAUUUUUAUUUAAACCAGCAGAUUUAUCCAUGAUAUAAUAAUAACAACAUAAGUUCAGUGCUUUGAAGUACACAUGCCCUAGACGUCGAUAACAGUUGCACCUACUGGAUUGCAUAUUCACACGCCUUCUUAGAUUGGGUUUGUGACUGUAGUACUUCAAAACAGAAGCGGGGGAGUUCAGUUGUCAUUUUCGUCAAUUUGUCUGAUCUUGCCUCCUUACCCGAUUAUUUUAAUGUUUAUAUUAAUUAUGUUACAAGUGCACUUUUACUCACUCUCACUGCCGAGUUCUGUCCGCUCCUGAGACGUCCGAGACCAUCGUCGAGGUUUUACCUCGACUAAACUGUCUAUUCCAUCAAUGUUCAGACGACUUGAUCUUCAGAUGUCCUUUGUGAGGCAGAUAUGUGAAUGCCUCAUUUUCCCUGUAAUCUAGGUAGCACAGCCCAUUGAAGGCGCCGAAUACGCCUCAGAAUACCCGUCGGCCUAUAAGAGUUGCAUAGACACACAAAUGAUGGCUCCCCUUCCUUACCCUAAAGUACAAGGUGGCGGAAAACUUGGGGCAAACUUUCGUUUCCAAAUCUGUAACGAACUAAUGGGGUAACUCCAGUGAUAAUCGUAUUUUUAACAACACUUCUUUGUGGACCACACUCCUGAACUUUAUGAUAUCUGUAGCUUGAACCCUGAGCUCACAUUUCUGAUUUCAGGUUUAUGGGUUAAAACAUCACCUGAAAGCUGUGCGUCUUUAUAGAUGACGGAGGUCUGCAUGAGGCCGCCUGUGCGUGCCCGGGAAGCGCUGAAACAGCGCUCGCGUUUGUGUCAUGCAGGCCAUUUGGAGGGGAAAAUCAGCAAGGGAGAGGAUUAGUUGGCCCUUAAAGCAGUUUCAUUUAUCGACUACUCUUCUUCCUUGCAUAAGCACCUCAGACGCGCAUAUUCUUCUCUGUUCAGGAAGCAGUCUGCUUCGUAAUCAGUCACUCAGACUCACGAGUUACUCGAUCUGAACGACUUAAUGUGCGCUUACUCAGUAGUCUCGGCAUUUCUCCUCAUGUCUACCGUUAAUGAGCCAGUUAUACAAUCAAGGCCUACAGGUUAACUGCUGUACUGGAAGACCUGGGCUGUGCUCGAAGGCGACCGACUGGAGUAAGGAUCUGAGUUCAUCGCAGUCCGGAAUCGGACUAACGCCAGAAACUGACAUUCCCGACCCUCUGUUUCAUCAGAUCGUCUGUGCUCUUUUGCCUUCUUACCAUUAUACGACCUCUUAUGAGCGGCAAGCAUGGGCCAAAAGACAGCGCGAUCAGAUUCCGUCUUGCAAGCAGGUCAGACUUGCGUGCACGUUGUAGCUUGCAUCGAAUGUGAGUCCUCUGACACCACCGCCACGUCCUCCCCCCUUUGGCGCAGCGUGCGAAAUAAAAGCUGCGAACGCGCGUCAAGGUCAACUGCAGAAUGCGUUUGUUGGAGUUCGUUAUUGAAAACUAAGAAACCCACACGGCUGAACAAUGUUCACUUCAUGCAUCGAGACGGGUAAAGAUUUUGUCAGUUGUCACUGAUGCCAGGCUUAGUUUCGUGAAAGCAGAGGGAGAGCAACUUCUGUACACUAUGGUGGUCCGUGAUUCGAGUACUUGUUUGACAGUAUGAAUCUCUCCUUUUGCCACGACCUGCUCAAACUACUUUGCUGGCCAUUUAAAUCUGCCGUUGUCAGGUUAUUAUUCCUUCAGCUAGCCAGUCAAGAUAACCCUUCUUUCGCUUUACUGUAAGUCACAUUCUUAAGUCCUUCAAUCGAUGCGUCAUGAAUAUAUCUAUAAAACAAUAUAUACAAUGUUCAAGCAAUUAUAUUCAUAUAGUUUCCCUCAAAUACUUUGUGCAUGUCAAGAAUUCGAGUUGACCGCAGUACUGCAACAAAACGUCCUUUGCGAGAUAAUGCGUACCUUUAAAGCCGAAUUGUUACUUCCAUGUUAUUAUCCCCCUCUCUCUCUUUUUCUCUUGAUGGAAGCCUUUACUUGAGGGCGUGUUUGCUUAUCGCGCACGCUUGGACUUGUUCAAGCUGCAAAGCAUCCACAUUUGCUAUUAUAUGAGACCAGACCCUGUAGACAGAUGAUUUAUGGUCGUGUGCAAACAGCAUAAUGGCAUUAGUCUAUAUUUCUCGCACCCGAGCGUGUCUAUGGCCCAGCGAAACAGCUAUAGUCACGGCAGUCAUCAUGAAAUCCUAUAUAAUCUUCAGCUAGCAUUUCCUUUUAGAGAAGGCAAAAGUUGGGAGUGUUUGUACUGAAAUGCAAAAAUACGUAAGAAAGAUAAUUUAUAUCGGAUUUCUAAAACCCGCAGAUAGCACUAGAGACAUGUGAGUGCAUAUGCUACCGUAAAUGCACAUACCUCGUGUCUGAGGUGUUUGAACAUGUCAUGUAGCCGAAGAGAACGCAACAUGCCCCCCACACUGAGCAAUGUUACUUGGCCUCUUAUCGGUUUUUAUGACAAAAAGGGCUUUAUGUUUAUAGACUUCCGAAAACUAGCUUUGGGUGUACACCAUCAUCCUCUAAAUUGGUGGGUGACCAGAGUCAAAGCACUGUCUCUGGGACGUAACUGUCAGGAAAUGUGAUCGUCCAUACUUUGUUGUGCGUAAUUCAGCAUGACAUUUGGAAAAGAAGACUUUACUUUAUGUUGACGGGCGCCAAUCAUUGCAAAAGAUGCACGUUUUGGAUACGGAAAAACCGCGAGUCCCUUCAACCUUGUCUCCAAAGUCCUGUGUUUGAUGUCAUUCCCGAAGACGGCAGGCAGAGUGAAUAAUUCAGAAGUCAGUCCCAAACUCCUUCUACCCUAACUUAUUCCUUAUGGGUGUAUUUUUUUUAGUGAUGGGACAGCAUUACGUAGGCAACCGUCCUUGCAGUAUCAGUAGGCGCAUGGGAGCUGCUUGAGGUGGGGCGCGUUAUUGCGUUGACCCUCCCGCUCGGCGAUCCCAACUCUCCCCCCUCCCCUAAGGCACUAUUUCAGGUUUAGGAAUUGUGCUUUGGGCCAGUACUUUUGGGUCCAACUUUAUUCUACUAGCGUUAAGGGCGGAGGGGCAUUCCGGAAAUUUCUUUUAGGUUUGCAGUUUGCACCUGGACUUCCACCGUAGGAAAACGGGAUGGGAGAGGGUGAGAGGUUUUAAGGUAACAGCUUGUCUCUUAAGUGCUGUGUUCCUGCUGCGGUUCCCACCCUUUCAGCACCUCUCUCUAGGGGCCUCUAAUCUUGCGAAUUUCGGAACAGCCACCACAGAGCAUUUAGGUUUCCAAAUUUGUGUUUUUUAUAUUUAUAAUACUGGAACAGUGGUCAGUAAUGAAGCUACGCAUUUCCUACAGCCCUCCAACUAGGAGCUUUAAACCGUUUUGAGCUGAGUGGCGGCCGGUAGAAAAGGAGCGUCCAUUCCUCUCUAUGUUGAUAGCGGUAAUUCUAAGUAAUGUAACAAGCACUGAUGCCUACUCCCAACACUCCUCAAAUGAACCUUGUCUUUGCGGAUCUAAUGACCUUGAUUGUUUUACCCUGUGGCUGUGACCUAAGUUGUUCGGCGGUCGGAUGUGGUUUGGUAGCCCCACCUGAAGUAAACAAACCUCAGUCACCUCUAAUACGCGACCGGUAGUAAUAGGGGAUUUUACAAGUGGAGCCGGAGAACGCACAGGCGACGAGGUCAAGUAGUUAUAUGCAAAAGAAAAGCUAUUGGGAGUGCGUGGUUGUACUUUCAGGGGUUGAGAAAUAGUUGCGCCAACCCCUAACUCUAACCUCAGUCCCUAACUAUAACCCCUAAUCCUAAACCCCAACCCCUAACCCUAGCCUUUAUCCCUAACCCCAACCGUAAGAGUAUUGUGUCCAUCAGGUGGAGCUACCAAACCACAUCUUACCUGUCCUCGGCAAAGUAAUAUAUUUUGGAAGGACGUCCUCUGUCAACACGUCAGAAUCGUGGGCUAAUACUAAGCGGCAACGUUAUAUAUCUUCACUCUUUUUUCUCAAUAUCAGCUGAGCAGGUAGGAGUAGCCUUCUAGCCUUCCUAAAGCCAAAUAACCACAGAGACUCAGUGAUGUCUGGCAAACCAAACGUUCAUCGUGCCGAGACACUUCCUUUUAUUCCACCCUAAGGAGCAAGCGUAAAGUACUUUUGCUUUUCAUCCGAACGUUCGCUUCAUCCUUCUCCGUUAUUACACCUGCAGCGUAUCCUGUAUAUUAUCUGUGCCUAUCUGGUUAUCGGUGUCCCAUUUUGCACUCAAUUGGAUAUCUUUGAAGAUAGGGGUAGCCAGAAUAAGAUAGUGAUUGAAACGUCGCUUGACUGUUCCACCACCAUCACUUUCAACUGGCAUGGCCUUGUCCUCGUCUUAGCUAAUUUCAAAUUUACUAUCACCCUCUUCCAUUUGUGACCUGGCGUACACACGAAGCUCCUUAAAAAUCGAAGAACUUGUCCAUGCUUUAAAAAUUAUUAUUCACCAAGCCAGAGUUACAAAGAUGUUAGAGAUCGUUGGAAUGAAUUAUUUGAUGUACUACCUCCAUCAAAAUCGACACUAUGACUUUGCAUGCAACUUCGGAAGAAUUGGCAACACUGCAAAAAGCGGAUAACCCUGGUGCGUCGAACGCAGUGCGGACCAUUGCUAAUCAAGAUUUAGUGGCAGCGUCAUACGUCAGCAGCCCUUGGAAAUUCCAGAGACGCGCGUCUGCAGAACUGGGCAUAUGGCUCUACAACGCAUCAUGCCGGAUAUCCGGGUGAACCCAUAUCGUCCGCGUGCUCUCCACGCUCCUAAGGACGAUGAAGGAGACAGGCGUCUCCAAUUGUGUGAAACUUUUGUGGUUGCAUGCGAAGAUCUCCUGACUUUUUCAAGUGCAUUAUUUGGUCGGACGAAGCUUGCUUCAGAGUAAGUGGUCGGGUACAUACCCCUCCUUCAAAUAUACAGGACUGAACUGGGUAAAUCGACAUACCUACGUCUGUUGGUCAAAUUCAAAUCCGCAUGAGAUAUUACAAUAGGAGCUUAAUUUUCCUGAUGCCACCAUUUGGGGUGGCAUUCGCUGUUUUGUCUUCAUAAUUGUUUAAACUUUCAGUAUGGUAUUAUAAGGGCGAGGUAGCUCAUCAAUACAAACGCUUGUCUGUGUUAGUAUUCGAAUAAACUAGCGAAACUCGACUCAAAAUACCUAUCAUUACCAGUUUUAUUAAAUCCUCCAUGAAUGGCGGAUUGCUGAUGCUCUCUAUUGUUACAAAAACGAAAUUACUUUCCUCCCAGUUCUUCCUUUUACGUCAUAGUAAGUGUUUUUGCUUGGGCAGUUGCCACUUGGCAGGCCAGGCUGUCAUGACUUCUUCCCGAUAUUUAUUUUUUACCUCAUCUUAGAUAUGUAGUAUCCGAAUGUGUGUAACUUGGUUCGUGCCAGACGAGAGAUCCAAUCCCAUCAUCAGGCAAAUUGGCUUAUUCUUAUCCCUAGAAUAAGGUGGAUGAUGGGAGAGACAGAGAAGCUGGUCUUGCGCGAACUUUCUCGCAGUAAUCUCAUUGUUGAGUACUUUGACUGCUUCUAACCGUCAUAACGGUGCGCUGAGGGGUUGCACCCCUCGGGGGCUGACAGCCAGGUGCAGUGGUGUCAUGGUUAAUCUCAGGGAUAUGUGACCGAAGGUGGGGAAUCUAGAUCUUACCGACUAAGAGAUCGGCGCGUGUUCGCCACGCGAGAGGCCGAGAUGAAUGCCGGACCUGCCACAACGGCCAAGCUUUAUUUUGCUUGGUCUGACUGAUUAUAUCUUGGCAAAUCACGAUUUGAGUCGAUGACUGUAGAGUUUUUUUUUGCUACACUACAAAGUUCCUGCAAGUCAACACUGUUUCCUUCUCCUCCGGGUAGUAGCAUUAACUUUCUUUACGGUUAUAAUCAAAUGGUAAAAAAUAGUGUCCUCUUUCAAUUGGUGACAAUAUGGGGGAUCAAAGCUUGUGAUACCACAAAGCCCUUAGCUGUUCAGCUCUUUUGCUCAGCACAAAUCCUCCCCAAAGUUGCCCCGGUCUUGAACCAUAGCCUUGCCAAAGCCGCCAUUAUUGACGUCUGCCCCGAGGUUUCCUGCCUACUCCCAUCAGUGUCUGCUUAGUCGCGUUGCGGAGCCGUUGGGAGUCACCUGCUCGCGUGACCGUGCUGUCAGAGGGAUCUCGUAUUCACGACGAUGCAUGUAGUUAAUUUUCCCGCUAUCGUCCUCCUUAAUUUGAGAUUUCUGACUACCGACGCCUGGCCUUCCAGUAGCCACUACAGACCUCUGCGUAUACACCUGGGUGUGUAGUUUGAAGCGACACUAAAUCAUGCAUAGUGGGCCCAGGCAAACGAGACUGCCUGACUUCCCGUCAGUGGGCAGAGGGAUCCUCUGUGGUUGUGCAGGCCAACACCCUGCUUACUCACUGCCUCGUACGCGCGCUUGCGCUUUCUUGCACAGGCCAUUUUUUCCAACGGCUACUACCACAUCUGGAAGUAGCCCUAACCACUGCUGCCGACCGGGCGAUGCUGGACAAGCCUCGUAAUGACUGAGCGGACUACGCAGGUUUCACGUAAGCACGAAAAGGGUCGAGACGCUGGCAAAACGUUGACAGGCCCGCUGAUUCACCCAGGCCUUCUGCUCUCUUCGCGUGCAGAUCGCGAAGGGAGGUCAAGCCACCUCCUCCUCCCGCCUCCUCCCCCGUACCCGAACACCUGGGCACAUUUGCAGACACAGCGUAUUUUCAUGCUGGAUGGGGAAGGGCGAGUAUGAGAAAAAAUCAUAGUCACCUUUGGGAUUGACAGGGCUUGCUGUGCUGCCGAAGCAGCGCGCGGACAGUCGUUCAAGUUCCACUUCUGGUGGUUUCAACUGUCGCGCGCCCCCUAGCCGGCAAUAAAAGCAUCCUUCCACUGCCGCUAUGUGAGGAAGCGUAGGUAGUGGAUAGAAAGUGUGAGAUUUUCUAGGUCCCUCAUAAAAGGCUGCUAUUUUCAUACAUUCGGUGCAUCGUGCGUGCGUGGACCCGGACUUCCCAUUGUGCAGGGAGAUAAUGCACUACGGGUAAGUUUCGUCGACAAAAAAGCAAGGUCAUUUUUUGCUUAUUUUUGUCAUCAAGCAACCAACCAUACCCAAGUCCCAGGCCUGGAAAUGGUGAGAUUUGAAUUCAGUUGCAAUUCGCUAUUGAGCUUAACGCUCUUCUACCUGAAUUGCGGACUCAUCCUUGGUCGAUUGUGACACGAGUUACGAAACAGGCGUCCAUCGUACGUGUCAAACAUGCAUAUGCAUGCAAGCAUAUAAACUAGUCUUAGUCAUUCGACGCAGACAAUGCCGACACACAAGACGGAACGCACUUGGUAAGCCACUAUAGGCCUGAAGGCAAGAGAAUCCACAUACUGGGUGGCUAGAGGACAAGUAUUCAUAGAACUACAGUGGGGUGAUAUUUCUGCAGUUGUAUACGCGUGCCUCUGAUAGACGAUAUGGGAGCGGAGACUGGCUGCAUCUACCUAAGCGGUUAUGGGGGCUGGUUGAUUGCCAACACUAAAGAAGGCAGCUCAAGGAGUCGGGCGAUCAGGUACUGCCAGCUCAAAUUAAAACUGCGAAAAGCCAUUGGUGUGUCUCUGGGAUGAAAGUUACUUAGAAUUGCUGAAGUGGGAAAACGUCAAUAGGACUUCAUUAUCGAUUACCCCUUGAGGAGGCGUCUGCCAACUUAAUCGCUGCCCUCUUAACAACCUUCCCAUUUAUCACUUUGAGGGAAGUGCAGCCUUUGUUUGAAACAUUGAAUCUACACACUACACACUGAACCUACCAGGUUCUGAUUAUUGACAGUCAAAUGACUCUUCAAAAGGUCAGAAGUCCAGUAAGUGCCUCUGCGGGGGACUGUUUAUUCCACCGAAUGUCCCAUUUGGCUUCAGGUCUCUCUAGGCUGUUGUGUUUCCCCUUCCAAUUACAAAGAGAUUAAGUUUUCGAGUCGGUAGCUGCCAGUAUCUAUUGGGCUAUUCACGCAACAUCUGAAACGGACUUUUAAAUAAUUGACAAGGCUGGACUGUACGUUUUAAAGCAUCGGAAUUUUUUAGUUCACUGACUUCAACGCAGCCUAAUUCUGUCCAGUUAGCAACUGGUGUUAUUGAUUAUCACGGCUGACUUGAAUUGGGAUCGCUUUUUGUGAUCUGGUUCUACUCGUAAGAUUUUCUUCCACUUUCUUAACGCAACACUCGCCUAAAAACCCAGAAACCUGUCAGUCAUCUAGCCAGGCAUUAAAGACAGUUUACCCAUCCUCCCUGCUACUUAUAGUCCGGACAAGGUCUAGGGUGCUGCUUUUACUCGAACCUCCAUUGAGCACCUACGGUGGCAUGUUAAAGACGCAUUUUCGAUUUGGAUUCCGGUCUGCGAACCCCGACUUGCGUCAGUCAAUAAUAGUUUGCCUUCACACGAAGGUCACGAUGUCUCAUUUCCCCAUCGAGACCUUGUUCAAUCUGUACCUCGGGGUAAGUAGGCCUUAAGUGAUUUCAAUUCGCUCAUUUUUGGUUUAGAUGACCAAGGAGUUCUAGCAAGUUGUCCCUUCCCACCGAAGCAACUGGUUUUAGACAUCUGUUGGGGUCCAGUCAAUCGCAGUGUUUGCAGUCAGGAUUAGAACUGUCAUCUAUGCCGUACACCUUAGAUCUGAAUUGGAAGUAGCUGCGCCUCAAGUCACGUAGGAUUUUUUUUCCCAUAGAAACACACGGAGCGUUAUAUAUGCACAAAUAUGCUGGAUGUUCAUCAUUCCUGGAGUUUUUUUGGUAAGGGUAGGGUGAAAGAUCCCAAUUAGAUUUCGGUAGAUUGUGGAUCGUGUCAUGCAGGAAUGGUGGUAAUGGGGGCUUUUCAGGUGGGGCAGCACGUCAGAGAGUAAGCUUUCAGAAUGCAAGGCAACACAGAAGACAGCUAGUGGCAAGAAGAAUACUUUGGAGUAACAUGAUGAAUGUAUGAAGGUACAGUAUCCAUCUGGAUAUUUCGUGACAUGCCAUUUUGAAAGAAUGCCGGGCUAUCGAGCAACUGAGCCUAUCUCGGGCCGACAUUUUUAUUAUCCCUCAAUUCAUGCCUAGUUGAUUCUCGUCUUUUGUUGCUCCGCUCUUGGAUACAACUGCCAGUCGUCAGUACUUGACUAGACUUCGCAAGUGCAGAAACCACACAAUCCACGGUUUACAACAGCUACCUGGAGUCUUUCGCCAUACAUUUACUGUUUUUAAAAUGUGUUUAUUGCCUAACACAGAGGUUCCUCUUUAUUGCUAAGUACAACAAUGAAUUAAAGACAAGGGGAGCUGUGUGCGCAUGUUAGAACAUCUGGACCCCCUCAAUCUGGGUGAACUGGAAUAGUAGAAGAACCUUCUGUCAGAGGGACUUGUAUAGCUGGAGUAUUAGUAGUCUGAAGCGAGUAGCCUCUCUUUCAUUGGGAUGGCAGUCCGUAUUGAAACGUACUUGCUUCCCACCCAUUAUGCAAUGACGGCAGUCCUCUCGGUCCUCUUUCGUACUCGAGCACUCGAAUCUCUGAGGUGACCUUUAUCCUAAAAAAAUUUGGCAGGCUCUUCCCUCUCCAUUGUGAACAUGAUUCUCUGACUGUUUUGUCCUAUUCGGUCUUUUACCUGUCCUGCAUAUCGGAGGGGGGAGGAAGUGGCUGCGCUCUUUUCUAAUGAGGUGACUGUAGUUGCCCCAAGGCCGUUCUUUGAUUUCGUUCCCCACGCCCAUCUACCGUAUCACCCCUUUUCAGAUUGUAAGGAUAAUGCAGCUUACUGCCUAUUUUGAUUAAGUCAACUGGAAAAGGAGAUGAAUAAAGCAGAAAAACUUAAGACGCAAGAGGUGGAAGAAUCAGCGGUAGACACGGUAAUGCCGUUCACCGACCCAUGUUCAUUAUAAACUAGAUGUUCUAAACAGCGACGCCGGUUUUCAAACACAGGAGAUCGGUGCACCCAGUAGACAUCGCGCACGACAUUCUCUAAUUAGGAGGCGCCAGUGUGCCUACCGGGGUGACGGCCGGGGCGUCGUCACACGCCUUUCCUGACCUUAGGCCUUCUCGGGUUAUGGUGUAAAUCCACAUAAACCACCGGUGGCUGCACGAUACGAUUCCUUGAACUGAAGUCUGACGGCCACGCCUCUCUCAACUGUUCUGUCUGGUAAUGGUCAUUUUACUUUGCGAUACCUGCAACGAAACUUCCUACUUAAGGUUUGAUCCCCAUAGGCAGUCCUCCUGAAGUGGUUGAGCUAGUCUUUUCUGACCGAUACAAGGAGUCUUCAAUGACCAGCAAAGAGUGCGUACUACUGUGCUGCAGCUGGAGGUUUCUGUAAACAAGUUGAGUUUGCAGUGCGGUUUUUGAAUUUCUGAUUACCAUUCUAUGUUAUCUGCCAACCGUAUCUCUUAUACCUUCAGCUUGCCAAAGGGCAGUACUUGUGUUUAUACUGAAAACACAAAUCAUAAAUUUCUGCCUAAUUUAGUAAACAGCCUCUCCCCUCCCUAUGCAAACGUCCUACCGGUAAUUUAACUUGCCUGUUGAACAGAGGAAAAGUCUAAAUUUAUGACUGACACUUUGGUGACUCGCAGAGACAAUUGUGACUCCUGAAAUCCAGACAGCUUUUCCCAAUGAUAAGAACAUUAACCUUCAGCCUACUUACAGUUUGGGGUUUCGUUUCCAAUUUGAGAGGCCGCUGGGUCGAGAUUUUGUAUCAUACAUACGCACUUCUUGGCAAGAUAACAGCUUUUAUUAUUAGUUUAGAUAUUGCGAACACCUCAGAGUUUUUCGAUGGGAAUUAUUUCAGUCAACCACUUACUUGGUUUAUUUGCUCGGUUCGUGAAGGUGGCUCUGUUGUCUGCGUUUAACAGAGAAUUUACUAAUGAAGCCCUAUUCUUCUUCUGCGGUAGAUCUUUAUCCAUAAAUAUGCAGCCAUAUCCCGCUGAACACAGUCCCAUGAAAUUGGUGCCAAGACUCAUGUAUGUGGCUUCGGGUAAUUACGUAGAGCCCCCUGAAACGUUUAUUUGGCGACUGAAAUUUAUGUUGUUUAUAGGCGACUUCAUGUCUCCUUACGCCGUAGUCCUGAGAACUCGGGAAUUCGCUUGACGUUCAGAUGCCCGUCGCUGCACACCAAUCAAUCCCAUCCCUGCGUCCAUUGGAAUUUUUAAAAUUCAUAAAGGAUAUCAUCGCAUAAAGCCUCAUUCUUCAGCAAACUGCACCUACAGCUAAGUCUGAUAACACCACAUGUUGGUACAAUACGAGGCAUGGCUACGCUGGUAUCGGGUGUUUCAGUAAGUCUCAACUCCUCCCCUCUUGACGACUGACGCGUUCAUAAUUUGUUGGUCAGUUUAUGGAAGUAUCCGCCAGCAUUAACACCAGUCAGUGUGCGACUUGACUUGGUUGCGUUCACAGGUCGAUCAGGUGAUUCACAAGUUAAUUUGAACCGAGAAGUUUGGCCAAGGAGGACAAGGAACAUUGAGGUGGUCAUUGCCGGCUUAUUUGCCAUUACCAGCGUUGGCGUAACAGAUGGUUGAACACUAGUCACCUUAUAGUCGAGAAUUUCGUAUAUCAAACAAAACAAAACUGUCACAAUCUCGUGUUGUAAGUUUUUAUUUGGCGUGCUUCAGAAAUUUUUGCCUGUGAAGUUUCCUCGGCGUCAGGCAUUCGAAUACUAUUACGCCUACUGUGCAGACACAUUCAAGGCUAGUAUUACAGAUCCACACCCUUCCAUAAUAGAAUACAUUUUUCCUAAUUCGGAGAUGUACAGGCCUAGCCCUUUUUGCUCGUCCCAACGUCAUACUGUCCGUCGUUACCGGGGCUUUUCUUCGGCCCUCCCCGAAGUACAUCUACUGACCGGGAUGGGCCUGAUCCAACUUCGGCCACAUUAUCACGGCGACAUCUGUGGGGUGUAUUGCUUGGUGGCAGAGGUUAAUCAGUACGACUUUAGACCGUCUUUCUCCUGGAUAGGCCGGUAAUGAACUAAAGGCUACCAGCGUUUUUAAAAUUUAUGUCCCUCCUGCCAGUAGGUAACCUGUGACUAGGUCGGCGCAUAUCAGCCCGCCGAAUAAAAAGACUGCGAAAAGAAACUAAUGGGCCACGAAAAUUUAAAAGGCCAAAGACUGCUUUCCGGUCUGGUGCUGCAUCUUCGAUUUGUUCCGUACAAAUGCGGUCUCAUAACGUCGUAUUUUGCAUUUUUUUGCGCGUAACCACUUCCUCUUUUUAAGACCAGUGCCAAAUGUUGUGUGUAGAGUGAGUGUCGACAGUUAGCUGGGCAUAAUUUAGCACAAGCUUGUUCUCAGGAGCUACAUCCGAAUUUAUAGAUGGAUUAUUUGCACGCAGCUUAGGGGUCCCUGUCAGUAAGUUAUUCUACGUUUUCCUUUUAUAGACACGCAAAGGAGGCCCCUUCUCAUCGGAGAUACAGGGAAACGACCCUUGAAAAGAAAAGAUCGAAAGGGAACAGACCGUGUUGGCGCUGCAGCAGCAAAACUGGAUCAGAACUCCAGCCACAGCACCUCCAACUUCAGCGAAAGGACUGAAGACCAGGGACAGCUCAUUUUCAAAAACUGCGAAAGUCUUCUCAACGGAACGCUUAGCACACGCUCAGGCAGCCUCCCCUUCAACCAUUCGAAAAGGGGCCAUGUAAGUAGCUUCAGCACUGGCCCAGAGGACGAACAAGAUGAACUGGAAGACGAAUAUGACAACUGGAGCAGAUCUGCAGUCUCGCAGCUCCUAGUCCAGGUCACUGAGAAGCUAGCCGAUCAGGAUAACGACAUUUCUGGUGAACAGGAGAUCCAGCUGUCGCCACGCUCUGCCUAUGCCCUUUUCGAUGAGUACUCCAGCAUAGAGGAGCAGGAGAGGCAGCAGCUUCCCGUUUUCUCGACCCUCCUGACGCGAGCCCUAGAAGCCAGCCGGACAAGCAACAAUAUCGCUCCCGUGCUCUGUCUCAAAGCCACCCAUAACGAACUCUGUCAACUCGAGAGCGAACUCUUUGCCCACUUUGCCCGUGCCGACUAUGAUACCACCUCGCCAAUCAAUCUACGCAGCUGUAUCCACUCAAAACAUCUACAUCCCACCUAUGCGCGCAUGCUGUUACUGAAUCUACGCAAACUCCUCAGCCAUCCUGCCCUUGAGAAGGCACCUGAACUGCGUUCUGACCUUCGCAGUUUGGUGGUGCGACUGGAGCAAUCGCUUUCCUCCCCCUAUCCCUCAGCUGCCUUUGAACUAACGUCAGAGGACACAGCCACUCUCUUGGAGGUCAUUUCGGCCACCAAUUUGCCCAUAUUUGAUCCCGUGUCCACGCCUCCUCUCAUCUUUAAUGAACGAGAAACACCCCUUGUGGCGGCUGCCCUGCGAGUUGCUCGGGCCUCACUAGAUCUCCGCGAAAUGGCUGACACGCAAACCUUCAAGUCUUCAAAUCAUCGGGAGCUCUUGAGGGAUGCUGGGUACUUGGUAUCUGCGUCUGACCAGUCCUCGUGUCCUUCAGCCAAAUCCUUUGCUAAACUCAUUUCUGCUGAGGAUAAGGUCCUACUGACCAGCAUACUUCAUGACCUGGCUGAACAAUCUAAGGGCCUUGCCGUCUAUCGAUUGCCCUCUCCCUUGGUUUCGGACCUUCAUCAGUUGACUGACAGGUUUGGCCUUCUUGCCCUGCAGUGUGCAAGAGUUAAGGUAUCUAAGGCGCUCUACGUUGUGAAAAACCGUUUCAAGCUGAAACCGGAAGAUUUCAAACGUGUCUGUGUCAUCGAGCCGCCCUCUCAGCAACUGAUUCUUGAUGCCCUCGUCCUCAUUCUCGCCAGCAAUAUUCAACCAGCAUCGGACACACAAAAGCUGAAGAACCUCAAAUGGAAACUACAGGCCAUCGUGGACGCCGGCGACCCCAAAGCUUCUUGUGAACUUAACGAGGAUGAAGCCUCCUUCCUGGAGCACAUGCUUACUAUUGGUCUUGACUACAACUUCGACAGGGAACUCACGUGCCAUUCAACAACUAGUGACAGUGUGAACCCCCAUUUUCUGGCCGAAGAGAACAAGACUUACGGCUGCAAAGAGGUUUACGAACCAGAUAUAGCUGCAAAGUCUGUUGUACCCGUCUCCUCCUCACAAAUAGAUGCCUUCUUUGAGUCAGUGCCGAUGGUAAUGGACACGGGAAAAACUGGCGCGUUUCUGGAUGACAUGUCUACUUGCAAUCCGUUUGGGGACCCAUUUGGACAGCCGAAGUCUUUGAAGCACCUUCCGGAGGGGAACACUAAAUACAUUGACGUCGAAGAGGAAAGUGUAAUUCGUCCAGCCCAUGUGGAGACAACAGGUCGUGCACCCUCAGCGUCUUCCCUUUCACAGAGACCGGAAGCUCAGACAGACCUUAUUCCCGCCUCUCGACAGACUGAGGAAAACACCUUUAUUUUCCGGCUGCUCAAUCAUGCCCUUAUGCUGCAGUGUACAUUAGAAGUGCUCCAACGAAAUUCAAUGCAGCCCUUCUCCUACAAACUGGCACCUUUUCAGGUCCUUCAGCUGUGUGAUAGUGUAAGAAAACUCUCUUCAAUCACUCCGAGCACAGACGACUCGAAACUCAUAAAGAACCUCUCAAUGAAUGCUGACCUACACUCAGCCGUUCGGCUCAAUAUGAAGACCAUGCAUCGUCUGCGAGAGUUCCACUCUCGCGUCUUCAAGUCUGUCAUUCAAGACAGCAUGACCAGGUUGGCCAUUAUCCAGGAGUCCAUAAUUUCCUCCAAUCGAGAGGAAAAUCUGCCUCCAGAGGACGCUUUCAAUCUGGCUGAAAUAUGCUGUGCAACACGUUUUAACUAUCUUGACUCUCUUUCCGUCUUCUUCCUGCACCAAAUUCAAUCUAGAAGCAUGGCUAUUUCAGACAGCUUACUUCCCCUAACUCCAAAUGAGUUGACGUUAUUAAAUCAGGAAGCACAUCAGACCUAUGUACAGCUACAACAGUUAGAACAGAACCCAACGAUGGCUGCUGUUCCGAAUGACAUCAGUCUUGAGCUGUUGAAUCUUUACAAGCUGCGUGCUCUCGCCCAGUCACCGGAGAUCGUUUCGGAACAGAUUCAAAAGAGGUUACUUUGGCGGCAUGCGCUCUCCCAAUUCUUUCUUUUUCAUCCAGAGAAAGGUCUCAAGAAGGUAUUUUCCGAAGUCGCCCUCAACGUUUUCGUGUAUGAGAGUGAGACCUGGGAGGGAGAUUUGAAGGCAAACUUCAUCGCAGAAGUGGAAAAACUGAUUGACAGCACGGAACGCAGAAUCCUUGUUCGGCCUGAAGACUUAAACACAUGGCUUCAGAGCAAGAGGGAGGACGCCGGCACCAUUAGUUGUCUCGCAACAACACUAAAGGCCUACCUUGUCAGUUUUUUGCUGAAGAAUCGAGAAACAAAAGUUGAUAUUGGCAUUAUUACACCUUUGAUUAUCAAGCUGGUUAGGUCUCAGACCAUUGACAGUGGACUGAAGUUGUCAGCGAGCGAAAUUGACCUUAUUAGGGCAUUCGUCCCCAAACAGGGUGACAUCCCGCCUACAUAUAUUCUCGACAAACCGGCAGAAAAGGAAUGGAAUAAAGAGCGCGCAGACUUGGAACGUGCCUGCGAACAUGACCUCCUCGUCACUGAGCCUACCGCCCUUGCGAAAGUGGCACAUUUCCAGGCUGGUAUCGCUCAGGCCUCCGCGCGGUCACAGCUCUUACAGAUCCUUUUGAUUGAAACGAUUUCCAACGGUCUUGCCAGAAACAUCUUCCCUGUCGGUCAAUCUCUAUUCACUGACUUUGUUCACCCCACCGGUGCGACUUCGGAACUCACGCAGGAGAGAGCUGGAUUGAAUGGUCAACUCGGAACCACCAACAAGUCCCAGACUCUUCAAGACGUUCGAGAUGGUUUGAAAGAAAUCUUCACUAAAGAAGAACUUCUGACCUCACCUGAUUGUCUUUCGCGGGCCUCAAAGUUUUAUAAUGAUCUGUCCACUAUGCAACCCGCCCUUGCCACUGGCGGUGAUCUUAGCAGACACUUUGAACGCCUUGUUUGUUUGCAAGAAGAGCAGAAGGUAUCUAGUGCGACCCUUGAGCCGCUGAUCAGCUCAAAUGAGGCCUUGCUCUUCGCCCUUUUGUCCUUCCAGGCCCUCAGUUCGACAGCUGCACAAUAUCAACCCGACGUUGAGAGCCUCAGUUACUUGGUGUUUGCGCUUUCCAUAUGUCGUCGACACUUGGCGACUUCGGAAGCUAUCAUUCCAGCUCUGGAUGCUCUGGAUAAAAGGGCGCGCACCAUCCUCUCAGGCUUCGUGCCGAGCAAACUAGCCGAGGUCGAUCUGCAGACGAUAAGUCAAUUACAACACCUACUGACCAAACGAUUGACCCCUAAGUUAGUCCGGGAAAUCACAGAAAGUCUGAAAGAGAUUAGUGCUAGUUCAGACGUCAGUAAAAAUAAACUUCGUUUUAUUGUGUUUGCGGCCGUCCUUCUGCCUACAGCCGAUACACGCGUUAAGCUGCUCGCGCUGGCUCUCUGUCAAAUACUCGUGACUUCCUCCGUCUCUAUCCCUGCCGGCGAUCUUCCAACACAGCUUAACAAUUCGGCUAUUACCGAGGUCCUUUCAUCUAUGCAGACUGGGCUCUCUUUCCCCAGACCCUAUACUGCUGACAGGAGCCGCCUCCUGUUAGCUCUGCUUCCCAGCUCUCAAGAGGAAAGAAAUACGUGGAAGUGGGACCUGUUCACAUUCUUUCAAACAAUCUUCGCCGCGAAUUUAUUGCCAGCCAAUUCGACCUCAAGUCUUGUCCCUAAGAACCUCAUCUUGAAAGUCGUCUGGUUAUACCUAUUUGAAGGCCAGGGUGAAACGUUGCCAGAAGGUGUGCUACUGGAUGAGCUGCUUGAUUCGCUACUUUAUCAUAACACGACUGUCUGGGCUGACGAAAACAAAAUUUCUUUCUUUGAGCAUCUUUUCAAAGCGGCCCCACAAAUCCCUACCGAUAUUAUACCCUCCGUGGUCGAGCUCACGACCGAGAGCUUUGAACAGAUCCAUGACACUGGCCCGAUUCUUCCGUCCGACUCUCAUUUUCCCUCACUACAAGCUCAUAUGAUUGCGGAGGUCCUCUACUCCCACAUGCGAAUGGAGACUCCGCUAAGCUUUGCAGAACUUCUUCUUCUCUAUCAUGCUCUGGCCACUGUCUUACGAUCGAAGUAUCUGAGAGGACAGCCUGCUGCGAAGGUUGGCAUUACCUACAGUCUGCAUCAAAUUGAGUGGUCUCUGUCAAAAGGCAAUCUUCUCCCCCCUACCGAUCUCUGCCUAUCGAAAGCCUACCAUGAGGGUUUUGUAAAGGCCACUCUCCUAGAUUCCAGAAACGAGACAGUUGAAGACUUGCGCUCCCUAGUUGCCCCAACUAUUCUUUCUUCGGAAGAUAGCGGCCCACUGGGAAGUCUGGAUUUGCGUCAGGUGUCGGAAGGAUUACGAGCGCUUCUGACCGGUCUCUUCCUCCUUUCUCCUUCUGACGCUAAGUCAACUUCGGAACUGCUUCUAAAGGCCUCGUCUAAGCCUUGCGCGACGAACCACGAGUCUAUUUCUUCCGCCCUGUCACCGGCUGACGUUGCAAGGACGCACGCUCUUUUUGAGAACCUCUUUGCCUUGGAUAUGACAGGACCACUGCUCACCAGAGAUCUCGACCUCAACUUUGACGUCGUGCUGAAUUGCGCUCCGCCACCGAAAGUACCUGUGGCUGCAGAAUUGGCCGCCAGCAUCCUCGCUUAUCUGUCAUCAAAGAAUGAAAUAAACUCGCCCGAGGAGUCUAAGCUUUUCUUCCACGCCGUAGUUUUGCUCUCUUAUGCUGCACGCUCCUCUACCUCCAGCAUCCCACCCAGACUCCAUCUAAUCAAGACGAUCGUUCCACAGCACCUGCUUCAGCAACAGCGCGAUCAACCCGGUGCGUUGGAUCCUACUGCCGUUUUUGCAGUUUCCGUAACCUCAGAUAUGUCCACUGAGACUGUUGUCUCUUCGCCAACAGAGAGUUUCGCUUCCUUCUCGGCUUGCAGCCUGGUACAUCCCGAAGAUCGCUUUUCUAAUCAGAUCUCUCCGAUGGAACUGCCCUCAUAUGACUCAAAAACCAACGAGGUAGAGAACAACGUGUUCUUCAGCAUGGACUCUCUACCCAAGAACUCCAUCACCUCAAUCACCUCUUCCUCCGUGGUCGACACGAACGGUGAAGGAGCGGCGAAAGCUCCACCUGAUACACUACAGGUGUCUGCAUUCGCAAAACUGCUGGCUUGUCCCGACGGUGAUGCUGAGUGGUUACUCCGGUUAACUGAGACUUUUCACUGCGCUACUAUUAUCCUGGCAAAGAGUUCCCUCACUCAGCUAUCACAUGGCCGAUUCUUCCAGGCUAUCCGAGCUCUGGAUAGAGGCAAUGACCAACACGAAGGGCAGGUUUUCCUUAAGGCCUUUCCUAACCAGGUGUCUGAAAUGAGGGAGUUACCAUUGAGCAAGUCGCAAAUUAGCCUCCUGACCUGGCUGACUGCAGCCUGUAAAGAUCGUUUAAAGAAAGCACUUCCGACUCUUAUUGCCAAACUCGCCCACAGCGGAACCCUGACGGUUGCGGAGAAAGAUAAGCUUGUCUCGCUUAUCUUUGCGUACUUUAGCUUGAAUCUGCCGGUGGCCAACAGCCUUUUGAGGGCAGCUGCGGGCUUGCUGGCAAUAAAACUAAACAACACAAAAGGUCAACUCGUUUCUGAGGAGGUACAAGAAUUCGCCAAGAGCCUGCUUUCAGUGCCGCCCACUGAACAUGUUGAUGAUGAAGAGUUGGGUAGGACGGCCCUCGCUCUUCAGGCGGCCUGGAAAGCAAGUGAAAAUCUCCCGUUGACUCUUACUGAACAGAUAUGUCUUGCGUACACCAGGCUGCUACCGGACACGGUUCUACCGGAACUCAACGAUGCCAUAUUUUCCUCUAGAUCUUGGCCUAUGAAUCUGGACGCAAAGCAGCGGAAUCAUUUGCAGAGGAAGAGUGAUGCCUUGUGCGAAUUACUAGCAGAUAUUUCUUUGGAUACCCUUGAGAGGAAGGGCCCUAAUGCCGAGAACUUGUCGGCACUACUCGCUUCUUCUGACCUACAUUCCUGUGAGUCUCGAUUGCGGACUCUGAUUGAGUUCCAUGGACCCCACUCAGAUCCUCUUACCACACGCCUCAUUGACACGGUGAUGCGGAACCGCCAGCCCAGACAAACCUUCCGCGAGUGUGCCGCGGCCAUCCUUGCCUUACUUGAUUACAACACUCAAGACGCUUUUAUCGUCCUUUCGCCUAGAGAAGCUGUGCAGUUAGCUGAAGACAUUGGAGCUAUCGGAGAGGCUUCGGAAGACUUAUCGCGGGAAGAGUUGGCGAGAGCUCGUAAUCGGCUUUAUUUGGCCACUGCCUGCUUUUAUGCCACUGUCAACGAUGAUAGUUCGUCACCUUCAUCAGUCUUCGAACUUCCGGUAACUUACUUGGGUCUUCACUCUCUACUGAACCGUCUCUCUAGCGCCCGACUAACACAAAGAAUGUCUCUGUCCGAGCCUAUUCCACCCUCUCCUCACUCUACCGCCUCCCCAACCCUCCAGCCCUCAAAUAAUCUAAACGAGUUAAGCAGCGAUCUGAAACAACUGAACAAGCCUUCGCCUCCCACUGACGAAAUUACCUACCUGAUUCGGCACCCGCCUCAAGACAUGGAAAUGUUGGCCUCGAAGCAGGACACUCCGCUAGGGACCAGAAGUCAAAACAAAGUUACAGGAGGCGCUCCAGUAGUUAUCGCGGGAUCCGAUAGUCCUCUCCGUCGACCAGUCUGUUCGCGCGGAAAACGUCAACGCCUGCUCAGUUCACAAUCCCUCGGCAUGCAGAAUCUUGCUUGGAGAGGACGCGGUCGACAGAGCAGCUGUGGCUUAGGCCUGGGUGACAGUGCACCGUUCAUUAGCUCCUCCAGUCUGCUCUCACUGCCGCUGAAUCUGGCUAAGUCGGGUUCUAGUCUCUUCACGGCCUCUGAUUUGUCACUGAACGCACCGCGUGGGAAGUCCUCCCUCGACAGGCUCUAUGAAUUGGUGGAGAUUCGACGUGCCGUGGUGGCUGGAUCCCUGUCAGAGUUGAAUCUCCUCGGCCGAACUCCCAGUUCCUUUACUCCUUGCUGGCCCGUGCACUCACCGUCUUCAAUUCCUGUGCGCCGACCUUAUGGUUGGUGGCGACGUGGGAAUGUUGGAAAGGCAGGAGCUGCAGCAGCCGGUCCCUCGACACCGCCCACAAAAGUAGAUUUAGGCGAUAUUCGUAAAAAAUGCGCCGAGAAUACGCUCUUCCUGUUGAACCGAGCCGCUUUCGAGGAGGAUGAGGCACAUGCCUGUUUCCACACAGUAGAGGCCAAUCUUCGGUUACUGAACAACGUCUUAAUUGGUUCGCGGAAACCAGUAUAGCAAGGUGAGUUUCUCAUCACUUUUUCUCUUCGGCGAAUAUCUCGACAUUCGGUCUCAGAGGACUGACAAUUCAACAUAAUUUUCUACGGCGAGAAACUGUGUCCACAAAUAGACCGACGGUACUUGAGUAGGCCUUUGGAAGGUGAAACAAUCUUGGGUGUCGCUUAGCGGUGGUGCUAGAUACCCAAUGACAGUACUUGCCGUUGCACAACCGAAACUACGUACGAACGAGGUUGAAUUGCAUAGCACGUCGAUAAAUUGGACGGAGUCCACAAUGGGAUAGUAUAAUCUGGGUAAGCGGAUCUGGUUGUCAUCUUCUAAGGCGUGACAGUUUGGAGGCUAAUAGUAAGGGAGAGUCAAAACAGUCUACGCUAUUGUGCUAUACCUGAACAGGGAUCAAGCAAAUUUGUUAUGCGCAUUGCCAAGGAAGAUAAAGGAGGGCAAGAUGGUCAUCCCUGACUAAUUUACCGUCAUAAGCCAGCCACAUUUUAAUCCCAGUCGAGAGAUCUCCGAGUUUCAACAUGGGUUCGCUUGGCCACUGAGGCUGGCGCUUAAUUAGUUUGGUCCAAAGAUCACGCCGUCAGUUGUUUUAGGGAAUAUCCGAUGUUACCUAUCCGAUCUGAGUAUUAGACAGAGUAUAAACUUCGGUUUUCUAUCUAGAGCUUCAUCGUAGUGUCCUCGCAGCAGUCAAGAAAAGUAUGCCCAGGAUGAAGAAUUAGUAAGCAAACACUGCAUGUACACUCUCGCUUACUCUCAGAGAGGGGUAUGUUUGGGCGUCUGUCAAUUUGAACUUCGAGUCUUUUUGAGUAGCUGGAAAAGCCUAUGACAGAUUCGGUCAAGGUCCAUGAAUUGGUAUUUUAGCAAUCCGAAUGCCUGUCUUUAGGUCCCUGGAAAAUGUGUUGAAUUUAGAUGGUUAUUUAUGGUAGACAUGAAUUUUCACCUUUGCUGUCACUCGAAAAGUUUGAUUUCCUUUUGUCAUCGCUGUCAGCAUUUUCUGCGAAACUGUUUCCGCAAACAGCGUGAUGAAACCACAAUCAGCAUUUGGGUGGACAUAGGUUAACUGCUAAUUUGAGGGAGAUUUUACCUCUCUACCAGUCAAAUCCCGACGAAAAUGUAUUUUCAUUAAAUACUGCCCAUCCACGGAAAAUCUGUCCAAAUAAAAACUCGAAUUCUUUUUAUUUAAAUGUGGUCUUUGCUGGGUACCCUUUGAACCUUCUUGUGCUCUUGCUUUUGAUUCUGUGCGUUUUAUUGUCUCUUUCCGGUGCGGCCUUUCAGCACGCUGAAGACGCCGUGA